AUGACCUCCUUUAAGGGGCCGCCUCAGCCGAAGGUGACCAUUCCUAACCUCCUCGGUACCGUCGCGAGACAUCUUCACCUACCCAUCCUGGGCCUUCUCAUUCUUUCACUCCUGUUGACAAUUACAAACGUCUCUACCUCUACCCUCCUCGUCUCCGCACAUACAGAUUUUUUCUACCAGUCCAGUCACCUCUUUCAACCGCCUGAUCCCAGCCGACCCUGUCGACACAUCUUCCGCAACGAUGUGGAAGCGAGCGCCCUGCUGGCAGACUUUGUCCUUGAGGGCAUACCCAUUCCAACUUAUCAGCCGGCGGACCAAGCUGCCGGUCUGCUUUACAACGCCAGCAUUCAUGUGCGCCAGGUUGCAAAACGUCCCUCCUUUUCCAUUUAUCCUGUGCGAAAGGACUUUCCCAUUCUUGCGGGACCCUUCAGCAGACGGACUGAUUUGGGUCGGUGUUGGGUUAAUGUGCAGUUUGGAGCCCGGUACAUAUUUUUUAUAGAGCGUCCCAACUGGGCUGGCUUUUUUCAGAUUACUCAAAUUCCUGUUCGCUUCACUGUCAAACGUUGGCAAACUGUUCAAAACAUCGUGCGACGCGGAGGUGAGUUCUACUUGCAAAUUUAUUUGACUUUUUUCAUGAACAGAUGCGGAUAUUGAAAAUUUUCCUGUAAAGGAGCAGACGGUUUAGAGAUAUUCCUUUUUUCUACUGACUGACGGCAAAUAAUUAAGAAACGAAACUAUGACGUGAAAAUACUUGAUUGCCCCAUGAAUCCAAACAACUUGAAGCCUGGUAGCAGCUGAGGUUCCCGUUUGUGUCUCAUAAAGAAAUUUGCCGGUUCAGUUUGUGCAAAUGUGGGCAGAAACCGAAGACUUAAAAAUAGAUUGUUCACUUCAGGUAGGGUUAAGUAAAGUGUAUAACAGUUCCGGGAGCAUUUCUCGCUUACCGUUAUCCUCAGCCACUCAACAAAAACCAGCCCUACUUACGCCGGAUUCGACUUCUGGCAUCGAAAUGGCUAGUACCAGGUUAAUUAUGUUUACAGGGAAAUUGUGGAACAGUUUAGUCCAUUAAUUCUGACUUAUCGUUAGUAAAGUUUCCAGCAAUUCAAAGCUCCAAACUGCGAAGUAUAUAGAUAAAGGGUUCCGAAAUGUGGACAGCGUCCUUGCAAAACAUUUACUUUUACAAAAAUGUCUAAAUAAAUGUUGUAAUAUAUGUGCCACAUUUUCCUAUUGGCAAUCAAGGCAACCCCGAAGAUGUUACGUCAGUUAUUUGUUUCUCAGAAAUGCCUAAGAUUACUUACUGUCAUUCUAUCCCAUUCCUAUGUGGUCCGUUUCGUUCAGAAAAAAGUGGGAGACACUAAUUACAGUUUUGAUUUAUUUGUAUGGGUGAAAAAAGCCCAUAAACUGAUAUUUUUUCAGGAUAAGACCUUCUCAAAUAAUGACACAAUGUUGUGCUGGAAAAUCAAAAUAUAUUUUUGCACUUAUUUUAAUGAUAGAAGUCAAUCAUUCUCAUGUGGAAAAGUCUUCUAUCCGUGCAGCCUUUGCUGACAUUACUGACUGUUCUUUUUAUAUAACAUAUUGCUUAAGUUAAUUUGCAGAUCCUAUUCCGAUGAUUGUUGAUAGCCGUUCCCCUAAAGGAAGGAUGAAGUCCAAUAUUUUGCGCAUAGUAUAGAGUGGACUCGAUUUUUUACACAAUGUUCGAAGGUAAUAUUUAAAUUCUAAAAAUCCUAGACGUGCAAUCGUUCGGCUGGAGCAAUAUGGGGUCAGCGAACCAUAGGUUAGAAUUCAAACAACAGCGAACGUUUCCAAACCUUUGGCAGAACCUUUGUGACACUUUGCAUUUCCAAAAAGGGUAAAAUAUUAAAUUAAUACGCACCUCUGUUAGGUCGUCUGACUUGAUUCGUAAGAUCGACGACAGUUAAUGGUGAAAAUGGGAAACCACUUUUGUAGGAGGCUGUUCUCUUUUUGAUCAGCAAAAAUGAUUUGAAAGUUUCUUAGCUAAAAGACAAUAGGUUAAAAAGUAGGAAUUAUACUGAUGUUACAUUCCCUUCUAAUCAGAAGUCCAGUAGAUGUGCUAACGCAUGAAAUGUCAACAAAAAUUUCGAAAUGCGUUCUCGUUUCGAAAAGAUAAAUUAAGUUGUGUUGUAAAACUAAUCAUGAUGUAGCAUAAAUCUAUAAUGAUCCAGGUACCUCAGGGUGUCGGCUUUCGAAAGAACUUAUUUUCGGCUGCAUGCAAGAUCUAUACUCUGCAAAAAAUGACCUCUUACUUAGUAUGCAAUUUUCUCAUUGAUUUUCGAUGUCCUUGAAAAUUCAACUAUAUUUCAGGAAAAACAUGCAUAAAAAUAUUCAUUCUUAUACUCAUUCGGUAGAAAAUCACGUAUUCUUCCAAUAUCAUUCCCAAAAAUGAGUGUAAUUUGGUUUUAAAAACUUUUCUAAUUCCCGAACAAUUUUGUACCCGACCUGCUGUUACACUUGCAUUCAGGGUUUCAAACCUACAAGCUGUAUAUUUUCCAUGUACGGAAAACCAUGCAAUUCUCUACGGUGUUAAGAGGAGACUAUAUGAGGUUCAUAAAAUUAAGCAGUGGAUUUGAGCAAUAUUGUUAACUUUACAAGCCACAUUCGUAAAUGCAGAUACAUGACGUUUCAUGAACGGCCAUUUAACGGUAUUAAAAAAUCUCAGAAUUAGAAACUUUUUAAAACCGAAUAAUACUCUUCUUUUGAGUAUAAAAUUGGAAGAAGACGUGGCUUUCUGCCGAAUAAAUAAAAGAAUGAAUAUUUUUACGCACGUUUUCCAUGAAAUAUUAUUGAAUUUUCAAGGGCAUUGAAAAUCAAUGAAAUUGCAUACUACGUAAGAGGUCAUUUUUUGCAGCCGAAAAUAAGUUCUUUCGAAAGCCGAUACCCUGAGGUAACUGGAUCAUUAUAGAUUUAUGCCGCAUCAUGAUUAGUUUUACAACACUACUUUAUUUAUCUUUUCGAAACGUGAACGCAUUUCGAAAUUUUGGUUGACAUUUCAUGAGUUAGCACAUGUACUGUAUAAUCGCAUUAAAGUCGUUUUCUGCAUGAAAACACGUUCUUUACCGGCUGUCAAUAUUAACAGAAUUUUUUUCUAAGAGACCUUAAGAUUCCCGUUAAAUUAAUUUUGAUUUUGGGCAAUUAUUUUCCAUUUUAAGUCAUAUGCACCAACUGGCUGUCUAAGCCUACCAAUCUAUGAAAUCGGUCUAUUUAGAAGGAAUUAAUAUGCCUUCCUACUUAUAACAACAUCCUUUGGACUACAGACCAUUCAUCAAUGUAGCACAACAUAAUCAAACGAGGCACAAUCGCAGCUAGCCAGUUUCAAAGACUUUUGGUAGUGUAUGGAACUCCUUAUCGAAAAAAAUGUCUGUAGAUGUUUCCAACAGAUAGAUAUUUGGGGAUUUCUGCAGAAGAAAAGGUUUACUUAUGAAUUGCACAAGAAUAAUCCUGCCUUUUGUUUCUUUGGUGGAAAAUAAAAUCAUUUUGUUAUGCCAAAACCUUCUUACAUUUCCGGCACUUCUUAGGCAAGCACUUCCCCUAAAAAGCAGUAACAACAGCAAAACUUAUAUAAGAAUCCAAAGUCUUGUAUCUCGAAAUAGGAGUCUGUGUGCCAUGAUGCCUCCCCAGAAAAUAAGGUAUGAGAUUUCCUAUGCUUAACAGUGACCCAGAUCUUUACCGACUCAGCUUCUCCCUGUGCCUAUUGAUCGCCGUUCUUCUAGUCACUAAAAUGCCCAAUUUCUGUAUUUGUCUGCGUGCAUAUUCUAUUUUCAGAGAAGUAGAUAAACUGACAUCAAAUUAGUAGGAUUGAGCCCAAUGGCAAAUUAACAUAGGUUUUAUAAACCCAGCAACAGCGUGCAUAAUUUUACGGAGCCGUCUUCUUUGAAAUUACAGAAACAUCACUGAAGAUAUAGGGCGGUUGUUACCUGGCAAAACCGGUCGCCAUGUACCAUGCCGGUAAUUAGAUACUUCUAGGCCCACAUUUCCCAUGAACUGUGUUUAGACCGCGAAAGUCAAAGAAAGAUGUGGGCUCUAAUUGCACAAUGCGCUUUUUGGAAUUCUGCUCCAGGGGUGGUCUGGGCAGUGCGCGGUGAAAAAAACUCAGCCCUAACCAAUUUAAUUUUUUGGACAAGUUUGAAAACUUAAUAGUUAUGGAAAGGUAUCUCAUUCCCAGGGGCAACAUCGAUGCCAUGAAGUUGCACUUAAACUGAAAAGACUUUCAAGUCACUUGUCGGGGUCUUUUAAUCCAAACAAAUGCAGCGCAUUUUAUGUGGUAUUCUGUUCUUUAAAUAGAUAGAGACGCUAGGCUGCACAAAACACUGGGGUCGGCAGGAUUAAGUGGGCGAACAGAUGUCAAGAGUUAACCUCUUUUCCGACACAUUAGCUGUCCAACUGAUAAAGCCUGCAUAUAAUUUCUCCACUUUUGCCCAUUUUCCAUCAAUAUACUAAGUAUUUUAUUUGAGGUAAUUAAUUUGUGCCUCAUACAAGGCUGUGUAGAAAGCGGAAAUGUGCAGCCUUCUCUGGACCGGAAUACUGUAAUUCUAUUUUAAUUUCAUAAUUUAAAAUAUGCAUAUGCAAAAAAAUAACAUAUGUCGGCAUUUGCCCGGCACCUCGAAACAGUCGGCCGCUGUCACCGAACAGUCGCUGACUCUCAGUAAAAGAACGCGAACGUGGGAAAUAUUUUGAUGUGAAAAAUAGUUAUGUUUUGUGGAAAAAAUCCACGCAACAUUAUGCUGGAGGAAAAAAUUCGAUCUCAGUGUGGGUAUUCUACAUGCGUACAAGAUGAAACGAACAAAACAACAUUGUAGUUGGCUUAAGAAAUAUUCCGUAAUUUCGACUGGUUCAUGUAAGUUGUUUGACUUGCAUAAAGUGAGUCUCUUUGGAGUAGAUCUCCGAAUGUUAUUUCGCCUUGGAUCAUCGAAAUCAUAUGUAUAUUUCUCCCAAUCAUGUAGACAGUAUCUACAACUAACAAAAAGUAAAUGUUCUCACAGUGACAGUGGAAGCCGUCGAAUGCAGAAGCGUCCGUUCUAGAAUCAGUUAAAGUCUUUCUUCGUUAGUAUCGUGCACUGAUUCGGCGUUACUCUAUAACCAUGCCUAAAUUAAUGAAAAACUGUCCAAAAAUUAAAAACUAUUCAGAACGUCAAGUUAAUAACAGAUGACCGUAAGCUGAACAAAAACAAACGAUGUCAGGAGUAAUAAUAGGUUGAUUGGAAACAGCAGUUAUCAUUAGUAAAACCGAAAUGCUGAAUAUUUGAAAGCUUGCGCCUGCCCAUGCAAAUAACUGGGUUGCUAGGAACAGCACAAACACAUCCAUUUUUAAAAUAACUUAACUUUACUGGAGGUAUCCUUUUUAUGCAAUGGUCACUUAAACUAUUAGCCAACGAAAUAGGUUGAGGAACCUUACAUCUCCCCGUGAUCCUAGGUGGAGUUAUUCGCAAAUGAUGGCUUAAAUAUAUUUGAGGGUUUACCAAAAGGCAUAUUCAUAUCACAGCAGGAAACGAACGCUGACGAGGAGAGUCUGCAGUCGGUUUAUUCUUCGCAAACGAAGACCAUUCUCUAAAGCGAGCAAGGGUGUUUGGCUAGUCAUUUCUCCUAAGCGCAUUUUAACCUUUCAUCAAAGCUUUUAUCUGCCCAACGAUAACUUACGUGGACCUUGUUCUACUACUUGAACAGACAUGAUUAUUUUAUGGCAGCUUAUUGAGAAGAAACUUGUUAUUAUAGUGCAGUCACUUUUUAUGAAUCUCGAGUACGCCGGCUUGCCUAUUUUGUUCUCCAGUCUACACGGUGUUCUGAGCGUUUUGGCCAGUAAAAACUAGUUAGGGUUUCUAUCUCAAUACCACCGCAAUCAGUGGACAUAAAGUCUGCCACCCAACUUCCUCCCUGUGUCUCUUGCCCCGAAGGCAGACGUGAGGAUGAGGAUAAAUUUGAUUUCUCUGACCGAUCGGCGGUAAUGAUGGCGCGUGUUUCGAAACUCCCUAGAGGGUCGGGGGUUUCUUUGGAAUUCAGCGAAUAAUGCUCUGGACUCUGUAUCGCCGAAUGAUUGACUGACCUUACGAUCGGAGACCUGUCUUCUUUGAUGAGCUACUCGUAGGUCACGAGGUUUUUAGUUUUGUAUGGGUACGCCCUUGUAACAUCCAUGAGUGGAGCAAAAGAGUCGCUAAUCACGCUCGCGAUGACCCCUCUCAAGGUGGAUGCACGGACAAAUGCGUCCCCUUGACUUUAAUCCAGAGCGUACUUACUGUCCCCAGUAAUUUUUACAGAAUUAUGCGCAAUUCCUUAUGGAAUUUAAAAUUAAAUGAACGUUUGCUAAAAUCCUGUGUCCAAUUUCUAAAUUUGAUGCUUUUUGCGAGUUGAGCCAACGUGACCUUUCCCAAACCAACUUUCUAGUGAACAGAUGGUCAAAAACUGAGAAAAAAAAGAGAGAAAAAAUGGUAAAAGGUUAAAUCGUUAGAUUGAUAAAUGAAUUAUGGGUCACCACUUUUGAGGGACAAAAGUGAUGAGCAACGAUUGGUCUUCUGUUGCGCUGAAUAUUUGAACUUUUGCAGAAUACCUGGGAAGCGAGAUAUGCUAAGGAAAAUAAAAUAUCUUAAAAUGCUGAAGAUAGAGAGUUGACAGCCAAGCUAUAUAUAGAUUCCGAUUCACAAUUUGCCACCUCAGUUCUCCCCCUGUCAUUGUCAGUAGGAUUUUUAAAAAAGUGUCAAGACUUCUUUUGCUGUCGCCUCACAUUCUUACCAUACCCUUCUGACUGAUGAGCUUGCUUCUUUAACGUGAUGACUACGGACAGUGAUUUUAAUGGGUCAAUUGCGUUUGUCUUGGUGAACCGGAAAAUAUGAAAUAGCGGCAAGAUUUGUGCGGACAGGUAGCAGAAUCCUCCACAGGUGAACUUUUAGAGUAUUCUAGAAAUAUAAAUAAAUGAAGUUCAUUUUGCAGAAUUCGCCAUAUUACUCACACGUUUUGCCUAAACCUCCACUGUGCAGUUUUAACCAAAAUUUCACUUGCUCUGAGUAUUUCGUGCAAUUUACCUUUCUAUGAUAAGGAGUGUGAUUGUCCUUUAAUUGCUUUUCGGGACUUUUUAAGCAUUGACUUGAACCACCGCAAGUAAAAUUCAGAAAUAUUAAACAGAAUAAGGGAAACACGAGAGGGCACUUUUGUAAAACUUUAAAUAUCGUCCUCUUAUUAACCGUAUCCCGUACUUAUAUAAUUUGUUCCUUAAGGUGUAGAUAUCGCUAAAGGUCAAAGUAAUCGGAGAUGCUGUGAUAAGAUCAGAUGUAUAAAUUUGCUUCAAAUAUGUAUCCUGUAGACGUCAUGAAAGGCAGUUUCAGACGAGUAAACAUAAACUUCUCUGCUGGCCCAAUCUGCUUUUCCCUCUUCCGUCGACUGAGAUGACAAAUUAGUUUCUAUCCGUCACUUCCAAGAAAAAUGCCAACCAGCACAUUUGCGACAUGCUCACCUACGCAAAGCACUGCACCUGUCUUGCAUUUUAUCCAAAUGCAAAAUGUAAACACCUUUAUCCUAGUUUACCUUCACAUGCUGCAACUUUUUAGUUUGCCUCGGAUUAAGUAAAGAAAUGAAUGCAGGUUCCAAUAAAUAUUGUUUAGAAAAAGGGAAAGUUGCCAUCUCUCUUCGACUAAAUGCCGCUCCCUUGUCAGAUCUGCUACUUACUGCGUUGCUGCAGCGACUGUCUUUCGGUAGGAAGUGACUAACACUUGACGCCCAGUGCCCGGUUAAAGCAGUCUGAUAUGGUUCGUUGGAUCAACAAACUACUCACAUUUAGACAUCUUGACCACCAAUUUCAGGAUAACUAGCGCAAGUUUUCUGUCCUCUACGUUGACCUCGUUAUCCAACUGCUACAAACAUUGUUGUGCAGAUAGUGGGGAAAGAAGCGUACAGUUUAUCUAUCCGCGCGCUUCCAAAUCAGAACCAGAUAGCAAUCUCACAGGUUUGUAGUAAAUGUUAACGCUUGAAGUCGGAUCCAGACUUGCGUUUGGAAAGGAACAGACGCAAGCUGCUGCUCAGAUAAGUGUACGUGUGAAGCUUACGCCGCGUUGGCCGAGGGUGCCGCAUGUCCGUGUCUUCCAAGGCACAGACUGAAUGGCUGAUCAGACACUGCAUGGAUCACAUAUCAGGCCGACUUGACUAAGAAGUACCUCCGGCGAGCAUAUUUGGGGAGAGGAUGAGAGUUUUGGCAUCUUUUCUACCUACAAUCCAACUGACACACGUUUUGACUAUUAGAGAUCCCCACUAAUGGCGUCCUGGAAGUUUGUCGAAUGAUAGAUAAUUAUGAACCGGCUACUCCUGAAUUUAAAUUUGUGACUCAUUCAAAGCGAAGGAAUCUGAAGUUGGCGACGUCAGUUUACAUGGAAAUUCAACAUGCGUAAGACCUGGGAUUACCAGAGUGGAAUUCGUGGUCAGCUUUGAGGACCUAGUCCAUGUUCAGCCAAGCACAGGUCGGUAUUGUUCAAACGAGAGAGGAAGGUGGACAUGGCGAUUUUGCUGUACCGAACGAUGAGGUUAAUUACUACCGUUGAGGUGGGUGAAGUUCUGACUUGCGCGUGAGUUUUAUAUAGUGCUCAUAGUGACGCAGAUUUUCGAUAAACCUAUCUCGCCCCCUCUUCUCACAGCCGGCAUCUCCGAUGAUAAAUAAAAAUACAGGCGACUGGGGGGAGGGGAGUGUGCGUAGUGGCUGGCAUAACUGAGGAGCCAGUCCCCGCGCAUCACACAUUACGUGGUCCCUAACACCCCAUCUGCCGGGCCCACGCAUGUAGGCCAUGACAGAAAGCAGUUAUUACCGCCUAAGCCUCGUUCCAAAGAAGGACCAAGUUAUCCCCGUGCUUGACGACAUCCCAAACCACGUCAGCCAGCGCAGUGUGUUAGGUUCAACGCGUGUUCGUUUGUUAACAUUAAGGCAUUAAGUGCUAGAUUUGCCCGCGAGCUGUCCCAUUUCUUCUUUAACUCAUACGCCAGUAAUUUUUCUAGUCAAUUCGGUUGAGAAUUAGACUGGGUGUAGUGGCUGAAAAGACGCGGACCUUUCAGCACAAUAAUCCGUCUGACGCACUGUUAGCCAAUCUGCGGGUCCUUAAAGGCAGCAGAAAGGGAGGUUUACUUCUGGCGGGAUGCUGUAAAUCUCGUAAGAGAUGGCCAGAUUGCAAUGACCUACUGUUAAAGUCCUUUUAUCGUUCAAUGCAAACGAAGUCUAACGCGUUUAGCGGAAAAAGAUGCUGAAUUCUGCGACAACAGCUGUUUCAAGCUUCCUUGAUGCCCUUUUUGACCUAGAUGAGAUCUGAGGUCCAUCUUCUAGGGGUGCCGCGCCAUUAGGCUCUCUUUAUCAGGAGUAGCUUGAAGACUCCUAACAGCCGAGUGGACACACACUGAUCUACCUGAAACCGUAACCCGAUAACUGAGUGGGCCAAUAUCAAACGCUUAGACCGAAAAGCCCAGACUUGACGGAGCCAACAUUCAUGAGAAAGAUUAUGCUUCUGCAAUCCGUAGAGCGAUCUAUUCGCAGGGCAUACUAGAAGAAAAGUCCCGGAUGGUCAACUGGUAGGGCAGGAGAAUAGGAAACCCCCCCCCCCCCGUAAUACAGGUGACCUUGAGCUAAAUUCCAGGGAGAUCACGGUUGGAGUUAGGACGCGGGAAAAGUCGGUCAGAUGUGGUUGUGUAUUCGCACCUGAGGUGAACAAACCCCGGUCGCCUGUAAUACGGCACGUGUGGUAAUAGGGGUCUCUACAGGUGGGGUCGGGGAGCGCACAGGUGACGAGGUCAAGUAGUUGUAUACAAAAGAAUAUCUAUUGGGAAUGUGUGGUUGUACUUUGAGUGGUUGAAAAAUAGUUGCUCUACCCCCUGACUCUAAUCCCUAACCCUAAUCUCUAACCCUAACCCCUAACAGUAUUGUGUCCAUCACGAACGGCUACAUAGCCGCAUCUUUCCAGACAACCUUUCCAAAUAAUUUAGUGGAGGGUGAGGAAAUAAAGAGACCGAUGGCACCACCCUCGUUCAGUAAAUAGAUAAAUAGGUUUGUGUGCAAGCCCGCGAUGCUUGCGAAAGAUGCCGUGGACCCGCCAACCUCGAUGACAUCCUCCCUGCUGAUAACCGCCUCGUAAGCCUCUGGCAGCCGCUAUAAUUUGCGCCUAUUAUCAAGCCGCAAUUAGCCCUAAAGUCUGCCCGGUUUUCGCAAAAUGGCACGAAAAUCAAAAGUCCAUUUGCAAAACCCACUUUUGCCAGGAAAGAGUUAUGCCAGUCAGAGCUAUUAGGUUUGCUGUCAGCAGAUGGUUUGAUAGUAGAAUUGCCACAUGGCUUCAAUGUCAGGCAUAAUUGCAGUAAGUGCGGCUCGAAAUCGCUUGGACUGUGGCCUAUUGGAAGUCAGAGGCGGUUUAGAGUAAACUCUCUACUACUCACGCAGGUUUUCUCAGUUUCGAAAAACCAUGUGGGGAAGGGCGCAGGGGAGGGUAGAGUAAAUUUAAGUGUACUUCACUAUUGGGGGCCUUAUGCUGAAUGCAAGAGAAAAAUACUGUGUUAGACUGGGAGAGCAGAAAACAGACAGUUUGAUUUUUGAACUCCGCGUGCUCUGAUUGCAAGGUACGGCUUUAAGAAACCGGUCAGUUGGCAUGCACUGCGUACCAUUUACUUUAAGGAAAGUGAGUUGUUGUUCCAUAACAAUGGUUAAACUAUCAAAACCUUCAUAAAUAUACGCGUUUUUCUAAAUAAUUUUGAACUUAAUUCACAAAUUAUGCGCUGCUUAGGGAGAGAAACUACAGUUUUAUAUUGUAGAGCGUAAAAGCAUUGAGUUACCUCUUCAUCCUGUCGAAUGAGGCUCACAUUGAAGCAGGGCACCGCGAUCCAAUAUCGUUGCAGGGCUGAACUUCAACCACCAACUGAACCCUGUCGAGAGCCACCGUAGACGGUCACAUACGACGAGCAGUUUCUCAAAUAGCGCGCUAAGGAUAAUGGUUUAUUAAAUCCGUCCCCUAUGAUAGGUCAGUGAUACAAAUGGUGGAUUUUCGGAAAGCAUUAACUCUUGUUUAUGUGAUUUUAUACAACUGAUUGUGGGUCCAGCUUUCGUUUUAAAAAGAAAUACCAUUUUCAUUUGACGAGUUCCUGCUCAAACAACGAAUUUUGAGUGAAAACACAGGAAUACAUAUACUGCUUGUGGAAAAAGGCAAGGUUAAGGUGAAAAUACAGGCAGCAGGCACGUUCACCGGAAUGGUUAUACGUAUAUUCCGACGUGUAUUCGACUACCUCUCCUCAGGGGCGUGGCAAUCUUGUGCAAAACUCUCAUUAUGUGGCAUACGGUUUGCAUACGCGUUGGCGCCGUAGUGCAUAGGCUACCAACGCCGACAAUAUUUAGGAGAGGGGCCCCCUUCUGCCUUGGCCUACUCGUCGUCAGUCUCUGUGACCCAGAUAAGGUUGGCGGCGGCGACCGUCUUUCGCCUUCACUGACGCUUGUUAGGUAGAUUCGCAAUGCAUGGUAGAACGCAGGUGAGGCCGUGGAGCCGACGUUGGGCAUUCAGGCUUCCUACGUCAGCCUUGAUAUGUGAUAGUCACCUUAGUCACAAUUAGAACGUCUUCAAAGUGGAAAAUGUGUUUCGACCUCGUUGCAUGGUUUGCCACUUUUGAUAUGGGUCUGACCUCUGAGCGACCAACUGAUAUUUGUACAUUCUUCUUUGCAGCUUAUCUGACGUAGGUGCAUUAAAGUCGAUAGACAAGAACGGAUUCCUCUUUGUUGUGGAUGGGAUAUGCCGGCUACAUCAAGUGCUGGCGGAUUUUUGACUCAGACUCGUAGACGACUCCUAUUUCAGGUGGCUCGGCAGGUCAACUACGACAUCGGAGAGCCCAUUCAUGAGGUCUGAACGGUUUGGACUCUUCCUUCCGACUCUUUCGAGGCAUCUGACAAAUGCCUUUGGAUACCUGCUGUCUCCGACAAUAAGUCAAAGCUUAGGCGGGUAUUCACUGCGUUAUAAUUCGUCUAGGAGAUAUAAAUAAGGCACGCGUCGCUUUAUUGUAAGGUAAUCAAACGAAAAAAGGACUGGAAGGUUUAUUUUGGGUUCAUUCCGUUUCCAGCAAUCAGUCCUACCCCAAUUUCAGAGGGCAUAUGAGAAAGCGACGAUGACAAUAUGAUGACGAUGGUGGUGGUGGUGUUGACGGCGGCGGUGGUGGUGGUGGUGGUGGUGGUGGUGGUGAGCGUGAUUCCGGUCUCUCUUAUGGUUUUUGCUAGUGAUUUUCGAUUGUUGAUUGUUCCCCUCUAUACUUCCACCCGUGUGCAGACUGUUUCUGGGACUUUAAAUUAAAACGAAUGUGUGUAUUUUCCCCUGCGGCCUAGACACAUUCGGGAAGAAUACUCUCGUGUUAAACUAAAUACACUGGUUUAUCUGUACUUUGACCAGCCUAUUUAUUAAUUGUAUUUCGAAGAAAGUUCUCUGAUAACGACAGUGAACGAAAUUCGAUGGAACACAUUUCGCAUAAAGUGGCUUAACGCCGACUGACCUCUUCAGGGGAGCCAUGGUAUCACUCGAGAUUUACAGAACCAGCCCCAUUUUGGUUCUAUUUUGAUCCCGUAAGCAACUAGCUGUCAACAGUCCUUCACUUUCUGCCACCAAAUUACAAACGUUAUUGCUAAAAGUAGAGAUUUCUUACUGACUACAGUAAAUGAUGACGUUCAAAACUAAACUGACCAAUGGCAUUCUAAUUUCAAACUCGGGAAUUCUCGUUUGUUAAGUCAUUCUUGCACAGUAUAAUAAGCAUCCUUUCAAGUGUAUCCAUUGUACCCUAUUAUGUCCCACUGAUUUAUAGCCUGAAAUGGAGUUCUCAGUCCCGUAGCGACAAAACAGAGCUACCGUGUCUUAAUCCACGACACUCAGUAAAAACCACCUUCACGCAGAAUGCUGUUUGCACCUGAAAAAGGCUAUGACAACGACGAAAUGUGCAACAUUGUUUUCACAGGACGGCGGUAAAUAUGAAUUCGUACAUCAGUUUAUACGAAGCAGCUCCAAGUCACUUUUCUACUUACUAUUUUACCGCUGUAAAGAAACUAGACACCGCUUAUUUGGGUCUUCAGACCGUUCAAACUAUAUGAGGAAUCAUAUUAUAAAGGAACCAUCACAUCCUAACAUUCAGUCCUGAAAACCACGUGAGCUUGGCAACUGUCGCAAAGUUCUGAACGGGUCAACUAAAAGACCUCGACGGUUGCGACAUGAAUGGGCAAGGUCUUUGCAGCAUUGUUUUUCCGCCUUUUUCCUGCCUCAAUCACGGGGAGUCAGUGUCAAAUUGACGGAGAACGGGUUUAGCUCCCUGCACUAGUGAUACAAGGCUUCACGGGGAGGGGGGCUGGUUUUAAAAGGGAUCAUUAUUUAAGGGCUGGGGCCCAAGGCCAACGUAGUUGGGACCAGCGUUCAUGCAUUUUCAUGGAUCUCUUCAGACAAAAAAUGUCUUAUUGGGCGGCUUUUGCUUAAAAUGAAAAUAAGUAAGUCUCCAGCACAUUUCCGUUAUGCUAGAACGCUUUUUAGGAAGCAACGGAGAGGAUAUUAUACACCAGAGAAGAUACGUUCCUAUAGCGACUCGAGUAUGGAAAGCCAUCUGGCGUUGACGGAAAACGCAUGUUUUGUAAAAGUUGAGGGUUCGAGUUUUUGAAUUAUCGGACCGAUUCUCCGGUCCAACCUCAGGGAUAUUAAGACAUUAACAAAAGCAAAAUGUUACUAUUGUAAAUUAGUUAACAUCCACGGUAUGUUGUCAUUGCGGCUGGCAGUCAUCAAUCCUGUGGAUGAGGUACUGGAUAUGUUGGCGCAAGUGUGUCAAGAGUUGCUCGAUUACUUUGUGCUCGGUAUCCUCUAUCUUUUUCCCCUUCGUUUGAAGUGAAGUAAAUGUGUCACAUCUAAAAUCGUAACAUACGCUCCUCUGUUUUCAUAUCAGUGAGAGAGUUUAAAUCCUUAAAAUAUUUGCAUAUUUUUUUAUUACGUCAUUGCAUACAGUGUUUUUUGCCUCUCUGAAAAAAAGAUGUGCACUCUGGCACACAGGAGAUUUGGCAACAUUUUCCUUUAUGCAAAUAAUUCGCUAAAAACCGCUGUGCCUGCAGAGUUACCUUAGCUUCUACAGCGAUUUGCCCUUUUGUGCGAUCAGACAUUAGUAUAUUUGCCUACAUCUGGACCACCUAGUGCAACGUUAUCGAAAAUAGUCGCUUUGCAAAUGUCUCGAAAAUGCCAUCCUGCGGGCUACCUUCGUCCCACUUACCACAAUAAAAAAUGAACUUGACGCCGUGCAACCGCCUCUGCAUAUCUAAGAUUGGAUAAGUCAUGGUUUUGAAGAAAAACAAUUCUCCACAAAUUAAGCACGAUGAAUGAAGACUUUUAACAUGUUUCCAGGAAAAGUGAGUAAAUAGUUAGUUAGAGGAAUAAUGGCCUCGUUAGUUAUGCAAAAAACGCUUCAUUUUCGUCUAGCCAAUUUUUUGAUAAUCCUAGCAAAUGUGAAAAGUUUAAUUUUAUUGACAACUAGUAUAAGCAGAUGCCUAAUAUUCCUGUCUCAAAACGAAUUUAAGAAGCUCUAACAAAAUGAACAUCAAAAAGGCUUGCUUGACGGCACCGAAGGUUGUCUUCCGGAAUAAUAAGAGCCAUGUACUGUCGGUGAUGGAUGCUUUUAUUUAGUGCAUAGGCAAGCUUGCCACCUUAAAAACCUCAGUUGAGAAAAAAGUAUGUUUGUUUGAAAUUGGAUUAGUGGGGGUUCUCAUAAAACAUAAUUGUGUAUUCAUUUUAACAGGGGAUAUUUAAAAUAUUUGGUUCCAUUAAAAUGAUUCAAAUCCUUUGUAUCAUAGACCCACCACCUUCAGGUGCUUACCUAGACUAAAACAACUUAACACGCAUCUACGCACCAACUGAGGGACUCUCUUGUGUAUAUUUUUAUUAAAAGACUUCUCAUUUAACUCUCACUAAUGGGCUGUUAAAACAGUUUUGCGAGUGCAUGCAGCUUACGAAUGCCUUAGAACAUCAAUUUUGGUCUGACGGCAAAUCUGGCGGUUUCUUUUAGUGUGCAAGUUUUGCCCUCAGUCGCCCUUUUGUGGCUUCACGGCCAGAGGUCUUUGUAUACUGAAGAAAAUUUGCAUAAAUUGCAAUAACGAAUGACUGUAGAAGUAGUGAGAAAAUUUAGUCUGGAUAUUCAAAAUCCCCGGUACUUAAAAAGUGCAAAAAUUAACUAAACUUGUUUUCACACGAUAUCUUUAUGCGGAUGAAAAUUUAAAAAGUUUAAAUUUUGCCAGAUGUUUCGUAUUAAAGUUAAAAUGUGUCCCCCGUAAGCUUGGGUAUGAAGUUUUGUUUUUCAUUGAACGGGAACUCCAAAAUAUUUAUAUCUAUAGGGUUCAUUUCUCACCUUUUCAUUGCGAGACUUAAAUCAAGUCCGAGGAGAUCAGGUUUCGGUUCCGUCUACAACGACUUUGAGCGUCAUUUUAUAGGCAAAACUCACGGCCUUGACUCUUGACCUACUUCACGUACAAGUUGUAUUGUGCAAGUUGGUCUAAUUUAAAUGGCGUUCAAAACAGAACUACAGAAGUUACAAAUAUCUUAAACGGAAGAUAUUGCGAAUACAUUAUCUCAUAUUAAUCUGAACGCUGGGUUUUUCUCGCUCUCCGCUAGGCAUCUGCGACUAGUUACCCAAAGGAAAAUUCAUCUGCCGACAUUUUUCACUAUUUUUGAAUGUUUCAGCUAACAUAAUAAUUGAUUCAGGCAAACUCAGCAAACUGGCUUUCGUCCUAAUGUCCAUCUUAGGAUUCACGCCUUGAUCAGUUAAUCUUCUAUAUGGAAGGACAUCCACAUAUCAGGUUAUGGUAAAUGCUUGUCCCAUUACGCCUUUGAGUCCAAUAUAAUACCCUCGCAGGCAGCGUAUUUACAGUGAUGUGUUUGUAAAUGACGAAAACAUGCAAGUACACACUAUAGAAGGUCACAUAGGGCGAUUUUCGAAGGUAUACAGUCUGCAGAAAAAAACAAAAAUGUUUUCCAACUCAUGUGUACGCCAAUUUAAAAAGGAAUGGUAAAUACUGAUCAGCUUAAAAUCGCACUUGCAUGCCAAAUUGCGAGAAUAAGUCCCGCGGUAUGGCGACACCACCUCACUAAGACUAUCCAGUUAAAAUCUCGUUACAAACUUCGAGACGGUUAACGGGAUUAUUAUCAUGUACUGAAGAUGUUUAAUUGGUAUUUCUAAUGAUACUACUACGUUUACUGUAGCGGAUCUCGCAGGUCCUAUCCGUGAAAAAUAUACGCAUAGCAAGCCAAAAUAUUAUAUCCAUCGGUUUCGAAAUAAACAAUACUGAUAGGCUAAGUUGCAAUAAAAUUACUGAAGGGUAUUGUUUGCAAAUACACUCAGCUGAACAUGGAGAGUAUACGUCGAGUAAUAAGACUGCGCAUUAGCACGGCUGGAUUUUUGCACGCACCCGAAGUUGAAUCACAUUAUUAUUGUUAUUGUUUUGGAUAGACUAUGGUCUCAUUCACAGACAAAACAUAUUGUGAGUGCGAGUGCAACCGAGGUUCAAACAGUGCGCUAAGGGUGAGAGCGUGCUGCGUUUGGACAACUGUCGGGACAGUGUCCUACCGUCCUCCGAUUGGACACAUUUUACGGAGAUUUCUGACCAAAGGAACAGUGUUCUCAACUCCGAACUUCAUUGGCUCUCGCAUGCUGAGUUGCGACAGCAAGUGCACCUGCUCUCCUGUUGAGUCUGCAAUAGGAGGAAGGCAGAAGAUGAAAUAGAGAGAGAACUGUUUUAAAGUUACUGUCCACUUUGUUCAAUGAACAGCCUGCGUUCCACACGCCACCUCCAACAGACAGCAUGUGAAAUUAUUUCACGCACUUGAGAAAUACCUGUCUGAAAGACGAAUAAUUUCCGCUGCGUGAGCUAAACGUGAGACUUUCUGAACUACACUGGAGCUGAGUAUGAACACUACCAACAAAAGCAAUAGAGCUGCUGAGAUUUCCGCCCAGUCCCCACAAAGGCUGACACGGCCAAAAUUUUCAGACUCCCACGACAAGGAUGUUGCGAACGACAACCAGUUGGCCUUUUAUUUUGGAGAGGUCGAGGUGAAGAUAAUUCAGUUUUCGGUGGCUCUUGGUAAGUGCAACGCUGUGCCUCGCACCAUAGUCUUGACCUUUGAAAGCGAGACUAGGCUUUUAUAUAGAGUUCAUGUGAUGGGGGAAACCAGCGAUAUUAUUUCGAGUGCGUAUUGCUGACGUACUGUGCACAGUUUUGGCGGCUGGAGGCUUUAUUUCCUCGACUUAAGAAUUAGAUAAUUGGACAUAACCCAGCGGCUGGUGAAUAUGCAUGAAUUCUUGUUCAAACGAAACGCCCGUUUUUACGGCGCAUCUACUCCUUACCAAUUUUGAUGGCCAACUAUCAUUCAUAGGGGCUCUAGUUAAUAAUGCUGGUCUACAAUUUCAAGUUUAAAAAGUGCUUGUGAGGGUGGUCAUGAUGUAACGUGAACUGCAAUCAUGACGGUGUUGAUACAAACAGACAGAAAAACCGAGCAUGCUUAGUUAUCUGAAUCAAGUAGUCUGCGGAUGUUAAAUCGCACAAAGGACCAUACGAAUAAUCGAACAAUUUUCUGCCUCAAUUUCUCAGAAACCGUGAUACCUUGUAUUUUUUCAGCAGCAUUUUUGACAGUAUAUCCGUCUUGCCAAAUCGAUUCCUUGAAAUCUGCCUUUCUCUGGAAAAAUUUACUUAUUUCAGAUAUAAUAUAUGAUUCUGCAAAAAUACUUUGUUUAAAAUUGAAAUGGGAUUUCUCAAGUGAAUUCCUUCUGUAAUGGCUGUAGAGCGCAUUGAGAAUUUUUGGCGCUUCAGUAAUGUCAACGAGUUCAGCGAUGAUAUCCAUUUUAACAUUUAAAAGUUAAGUCCUGUAAGCGUACGCUUUCAAUUUUUAUCAUCAGGCCUGUAAGGGAGGAUAAAGUAACAAAGUUCCAGAAGAGCUACGGAAAAGCGGCAGUAGAUGAAAAUGGUUAUCACAGGGAGAUGAUUGGGGACGUUCUGACAUGUCAGAUAUCAGGGGCUGAGGAGACGGGACACUGUCGAUGAGCUAUGCUUACGUUUCCUCGCUGCUUUACGAUUUUUAUACAGGCCUGAGGAUAAAGAAACGAAAACCCAUAUUCGCCAAAUUCGACUUCCUCGAUGCUUACAUGGGCAUCAUCGCUGAACUUAAAAUCAUAAAGUUGACGUUUUCAUAUGUCACAUGAGUGUUCCUUUUACACUCCCUGAUAGCUAACAACAGUCGCGAUUUUCAUACAUAGUCAUGUUUGGGAAUUUUGGUGAGAGCUUAAUAAGCCCCAAUGCAUAUAAUCACCCUCAACAACCUUCGAAUGGCUUAAAGGCUGCUGACCCGCCUUCUAUAGGCUUCUCUGGCAAUCAGGAAAACAGAGUUAAUUUCUGCCCGCUUAUCUCAGGCAAUUCCUUUUUUCGGUCUUGCUCACCAUUUCGGUUUUGAAGUUUGCAAGUGCACCUUUAAGAUGGAGGUGGUGGCAAGGUGACUCAUUUUAAAAAACAAUGGCCAAACGCACUGCUUAUAGUCGGCGCAGACCCUCAAACGCUGUUUUAGAACCGCCCAUAUCAUGCCUCGGUGGCCCGUCUAAGCCAGUCCACGAUGGAGAAGAGGACCAAAGUAGCAGACCCGGUCAUCGUGAGGCCAUUAAGAACCACUCAACAGUCGUCAGCACCUGCAUCAGUCACAAUGCUUGCGGGUCACGGCCGCAGGCAACGGGUUAGGGUUAAUUUUACAUAACUGCCUAUUUUGUGUGCACACAGUAUGACUUUUAAGCAGGCGUCUCACGUAGAGGUCAACACGGUACAUUGGCAAUAGUAAAGGUCGACCUAGAAGCGUGCGGCAACUAUAACAGAUUAGAUUGCAAGAUUUCUGACAUCUCGUGGUUUAGACUAGUCCUCGACCGGUGAGGUUUACCUCUAACCCAUUUCUGCCCGCACGCUGAAGUGACGCUAGACAACUCUUGGUGGAACGUAACAACAAUUCUGCAGCAAAAGAGAUUUUUCGAGUUUAAAAAUAGGAACAGUUCUUCCCUCCAUGUAAAGGGCUUUUGUUCCUGCGUAAGCAAAGGCAACGGUUAAGCGGCAAAUAUAAUCGAAAAAGACUUUCGCGCGAAUAGGUUUGGGCAACACUCUAAAGUGUAUUCAAACACCAUGAUAUGCCGGGAUUUUGAUGAGGACUCUUGAAAAAUGCUCAAAGAACCUGGCGCCGACUAAAAGCAACACUUAAGUAGAUGUUGGUUAAAAUAGAUUCUGUCGAUUUAUAGAAAGCAUAUCCGAAUCGAACAUUCAUUUAAACGUACCAAGGCGAUUAGUACAUUGUCACUAGUUUUGGCUCACGGCCCUAACGUCUGAUGGGCAUGUUCACGGAAAUUCAAUCCACUUUUCUCUCGCGUUUUCAAGAAGAGAGAUCUUGACGGGUGUAAACCGUUCGAACGUAGUUGCAAAACGUUGAAACACUUGUCGAUGGGGGCAACAAGUAUAAGAAACCUCACAACCUCAUAAGACCGUGAAAUAUCCAGUCAAAACGUAUGGUCUCCGCACGUUUAUUAAAAUUACCUAUAAAGUAUGCUAUAUCGUACAUAUCAGUUGCGAAAUUUUACUCGCCCUAUAUCUGUUGAAUAGAGUACAGCAACGCAUAAUUCUUCUUACACGGGAAGUAUACAGCUUGUAUUUUGGGAACCGCGAAUGCAAUUGCAGCGACAGGUGAGGUUUAAAAUUAUUUGCAAAUAAAAGCUUUUAUAACCAGAAGAAACACGCUUUCAAGGAAUAGAUAUUAAGAAGACACAAUCUGAUACCAUAUGGGUAUGUGAAAGGAGGUUUUUGUGAAUGUUUUCCAUCGAAUGUUUGCGUAUUGUGGAACACGGAACAUACAGAAAAAAUUGCACUAGAUAAGAAGCCAUUUUUUGCAGAGAAUAUUUUUGUAGGCGGCCAAACAGAAGCUCAUUUAAAAGCCGGUAUCCUGGCGUGAGUUAUAUAUACUGGGAUUCUAUUGCAUGUUAAUUGAUGUCUAAACGCUGCUUAAGUUAUCUUUUCUGAUCAAAAAUGCAUUUUGGAACUUCGGUCAACAUUUCAGGCACAAUCAAAAUCCCCGUACUUUGGUCUAAGUAGCAUGUGUCACUAGGUAAGGAUUUCGUAUUGUUAAACAAAAUGAUCUUUAGAUCUAGUUUCACUUCGCUCGAUGGGAUAUUUAUUCUGGGACUGUCUAUUCUAUAGAUAGCAACGCCGUCAUAAAUGACCGCCACUUAGUUUACGUGCAGCUAACAAUUGAAUACUGUUCACAAAAAAUUCGCGCGCAUCGAUCCGCCCUGAUUGCAGAACGGGACGAGUAUUUACUCUUUGAUCUGUAGUUGAGGGUUUGCAGUCCUUCCAGGGAGGCAUGGCUACCACCAGUGAUUUAUUGACCUUACAUGUACACCCUCAACCUCAGCUUAAAACGAAGAUGCUAAUUUCUAUCCUACAAUAAAAAUAAAUCGGUGCGAUACAGUCUCGUCUUACUAACUCUUCCCGAUCACACCACACAAGUAAAAGGUUUCCCGGAAUAAAGGUCUGUAGUUAGUAUAUUAAUGAGCAAACUAAAAGUCCUAUAAUUAGUUUCCUAUUCAUAAUGUAUUUUUCAUUGCAUUUUACUGAUGAAAUCAAAAUAUUUUCAUCGUGAUUCCGAUUUUGCGUAUAGGAAACAUUGGCAGAUGUUCCCUGUGAAUAAUCUUAAGAAGCCUAUCAUGAUACUUUUGGUAUUUGAUGAAUAAACUUGUCGUCCUGCUUACUUGUGGACCGUUUUUGCCCGACUUGCUUAACGCUAGGCACUGUUUUAUUACUAAUAAUCCUGCACAGAGUGGUCUGGAUAGUAUUGAAAAUGCUAGCUAUCAACUCAUGCGGUACGCACUCGGCUGCCAAUUUUCGUACGCGCUCAAAAUCGACUUUUGAUGCGAAUUGCUUCGACAUCUUUGUUGCACCGGCAUGUCAUAUCCUACUUAUUCCCGGUGUGGUAAAACAAAUACUGUCGAACAAGCCUAUUACUGCGUUUAAAAGAAUAAAACACUAUAAUUUUGCUAAAUAAAAUUUGUGAAAAAAAAAUAUUUCCUGUUUCGUGAAAAGCAUGCGUCUCUACGUGUCUACCUUUGCGUAAUUUUCAUGGACUCAAAAUCAGAAUUUCCGCCCCAGAAUAAAUUUCUUCGAAAAUUGUCUUAGUUACAUAAGUGCACUUUUAAAACGUAACGCGCAUAAAUAAAAGGUUUUAAUUGAUGACACUCAUUAGCGUAGAAAAUUACGUGGAUACCCCGAAUUGUCCAAUUUUGCCUAUUCUUGGCCUGAUCCUCCCCAAUAAAACAGACGAAAAAUGAAUUCUUCGUUUAGAUAAGGCUUUCUGGGAUUCCAACCAUUUCUAAAAACAAAACUUAUCACACCAAAUAGAAACUGUACCACUAGCUCUAAUACCAAUCUUGGCAAUUCAUGAGUUCGACAAUCUUUUGCAUACUUUACAUGACCAAACUUAUUUCUGUUCUUUUGGCCUAGUAAAAUUUAAAAUGAGCUGGAGAUUGCGAAAUGAUUGCUUUCAUAUCAUUCUAGUAUCGGAAAUGUGAUAUUUGUUCAGUGCAGCUUCACGUGACGAGUUGCCAUUUUUUGGUCGUUUUUACUCCUUUGCCAGUAAAGAAUUUCGAACAAACGUUCUUUUUUCAGUUUCUCUUGCAAAAUUUCGUUUUUCGGAAACCAAAUACGGUAGGUAAAGCCAAAAGCUGGCACAUCGGGGUUUUUCGGUGGUUUUUAAAAUUGGACCUGGCAGUAAUUUUGACUUUAAAGCGUCCUCUCAAAGCUCAAAAACACGUGUCUUUUAAAUUUAAUUUAAGAAUGCACGUGGCCUGCUGUUCCCUUUUAUUUAGAAAGAAUUAGAACAAAUGGAAAUAACGCUUAAAAUAACGGAAAGAGAGAGUACUUCAUAUGCAAAUAUAAGCUCAGAGAAAAUCUUGGUUUAAAUAAAACUGACUACCGGCCUCUGAAGCGAUUCUAUCGUGCUAAAAUUUUAUACACCCAAUCGUGUUUAUUGUUUUAGAGAUAGCAAGUUCACAUAAGAAACAUAUUUGAUUUUUUCACAGUGAAUUUGAGCAGGAAUGUGCAAGUCUUUUUUCAUCAUUAUUUUCUGUUGUUAUGCAAAGGCUGUCUUAGUAGGGUUAGAGCGCCUUUCAACACGGGGUGUUAUCUCACGUCUUAUCGAGCGAAACCGUGGUGUCUCCAAAUUGAUAAAUGUUCCAACCAACAACGGUCGUUCUUGACAAACGUUGUUAGUUGCACAUGAUAAAAUCUUGCAUAUCGAUUUCGGGUUUAUAAAAACGGUUUCAAUAAUCCAACAACCGUUAGAUAAAAACUUUACUGAUUCACAAAAUCCUAUAGCUGAAACAACUAAGGCCUUUAAACCUGCAAAUAUUAUAUGGUUUGACAGUUUUCGAGUGUUUAAUCAACUUUGCCCUUGGUUAUAUCUCAAUCUACUUAUUGAAACAUCCAUUAAUGCGGCACGUUUGCAAUACUCAUUCAUUCUAAUCAAGAGCAAUUUAUAAAAGUCUCUUUCCUUACCUGUUUGUCAUGCGAUAGGUAUUUCAAAUUCUCCAGACGAUACCGGAUAUAUAUUUUGUGCAUAUGUGAUUAUUACUUCACGAAGGGAAACUUCUAUGCGUUGCCUUUAUAGCAAAGGAAAGGUAAUUUUAUUAAGUGAAAGGCAACUUUUUGCAUCAUAAUGUUCAUGGCGGCGUUUGCGACCACUAUGCACAAGAUGCCCUGAAGAUAUUUCGAUAAGGUACAGCUUGUCGACCACAAGACUUUGGAAGCCACUAAAAUAAGGAAAGGUAUUUGCUGGGAUAGUAAACUUGCUUAAUAACGUUUUGACCCGCGAUUUCAGUUGCCUUCCUUCAGAAAAUGGGGAAUCGCAGAGCUGGUUACAGGCUUCUGGAAGGACGCUUUACUAAAAUCGCUAUUUAAAACCCUAGGACACAAGCACAUCCAUCCUGGUGAACUUCUCUCCGCCUUUUAAUACUACCCAGGAAUUGCAGUUCUAGAACUGUUAGUAUCCUCGGUAAACUUACUGUCUUGAAGACUGUUCAGAGCACAGCAUUGCUUUUUGAAAUGAUGCAGAGCACUUUACUUUGAGAAAACAAAUUACUUGACAACGGUAUGCUAAGGAACCCCGCUUAACUGUCUGUAGCCUGUGGGUCAAGACAUAUGGGGUUUUAUCUUGGCGUCCAUUUGCAGGCCGUUGCCAAUAUUGCACUGAAAAUAACGACAAUUUCUUACCAUGACCUCAAACUAUUACCCAGGCUCCGUUAUUUCCUUUAGAAUUUGCCUUUUGUCUAUUUCUCUAUUGUCGCGCUCAUUUCUUUCACUAUACGAAAGUGUGCGACAUGACUUUCGACAUUAAUCCAAGCAAUUCCUGUGUUUUCUCUCAUUUUGUCAGCUUAUUAUCUAGCGUGCUGUCCCACCCGUAAAACUUCCACUACCAGCAUUCACGUAUGACUCGUUCCACAGUCAACAGAAAGUUAAGAGGGGCUCUUUACGAUACCGUUGUCAGUUAGUUUUUAAGAAAGAGAUCAUUUUCGACGUUCUCCGAGGCUGUAAAAUCGUUUUUAAUGCCAGAAAUGAAUUCGUGAACUGAUUACAAACAGUUGUUAACAGUAAUCGGGAAAGCCUUUUGUUGACUUUUUGGGAUUGACUCUCUUGGAAAACUAUCAAACUCUCAGAACGCCUUGGGAUUUCCGAAUUUAAAAAAGGCUCUUUUCAAAACAUUUGAGAAAAAUUAUUUAAGAGAGAAAAUUACGAUAUUAUGCUGUUUUCGGUUCAGACUAUUACGCAUCGUGUUUCAUUGUUAGAAAUACUAACAUCUAUUUUGCAUGAUCUAUCAUUCUGACUGCACGUGCUUCACCGAUAUUCUGACGCUGCAUGACCCACCUGUGAAGGAUUCGGCUCAUCAGCGCGUUUCCCAUCCUUCGCCAUGCACAUUAUUUUAAAUAUUCCUGACUUAAACUUCGUGUCUUUAAUUUUCUUAAAAAUCAAUUGCUAACCUUAAAGUAAAUCUGUUUGUUUGAAUUAAGCUCUGAAGGCUCUGUCAAAAAGUUACUAUGAAUAUCUGAACCGCAAUCUGUCAACUUCAAUGGGAUAAUCGCGCGCUACUUUGAAAUGUGUCUGUAAAAUAUCCUUCUCAUUAAUUUACUUUAAGGUAGUUCGUCGAUUUCUCAGGAGAGUAAAAAGCAGAAAUAUUUGUUUUGUUCGCGAUUUCAUCUUUAUCUGGGCAGAUUUAACUUGUUUGUGUACAAGUCAGCGCACCUUUUCCUCACUAUAAAAAAUCGGACGCGCUUAAAACUAUCCCGAUACACGAAAAGCCGCGGCUAAGAAGGUGGCCAACUGACGGGAUAACUUGAACUCCGCAGUCGGCCCAGUGUUGUGUGUUUGUGUGGAGCGGCCAAGUGGUGGUCUAAGAGUCAAGCUGCAAUGGCUGCUUCUUAAUGAGACCUUUAUGACACUCCCACUCCGUGAGACCCGAGCCAGGUGUGACGGUGCGCCUAGAUGCGACUUCGGCCGCGCCAGCCACUUUUGUUGUUGUGGGUUAAAAUCUUGGUCAUUUGCUGUGUGGACCAGGGGGUGUGGAGUGGAGCGGCACGGUUCGGGCUCGACCGUGUCAUCCGCCUGCGUCCUCCCCCGCCUCCGGUUUUCCUGACUAUGUCUUGACACCGGGUCCAGGUGGGAAGGAGGUGAGAGUGCGGUAGAUGCACCGCAAGUGUACAUUCACUAAAAACUAAAUCAUCCACAGGUCACCGUGUCUGUUUAACUUUAUUGAAGGCGUCACAUCAUCUCAUCGCUGUUUUUUUUACUUUAAAUAGCCUCACCACUCCAGAUGCGACCCCUUUAUCACGCCGAGAAGUUGAAUGUGAUGGAAGGCAAUGAGUUGAUGUUGAAUUGUCGUGUCAAGGGACGGCCCACUCCUUUGAUCUCCUGGUAUGUGAAUUCUACGCGUCAGCUUGGAUUGUGGGAUGCCUCCACGGGCCGGGGUGUUAUUCACACGCAUCGGUAAGUCUUUAGUAGUUUUUUUGUAAUCAGAACGUUCAAAAUCAAAAGUCUUCUUACACUCCUACUACAGCGAACUGUGCACGUUCAGCUGAAUUAUCACAAUUCUGGUUCACAAGUCAGCUUCUUCCGUCUGAUCAAAGAGGAGGCUUUCUCACUUUUAAUUUUUUCCAAAACGUAUGUUGUAUGGCCUGCUUUUGUCUGCAAUAAAAGAUAGUUCGGAAGCAGGCAGUUUGCACAUCAUCAACUUUAUUCACGCGCAUCUGCUCACCGAUUCAACAAAAACACCUAAUAAUACCUGUGAACAUGCAUUAAACCGAUCCGAUAUGCUCUCAGAGUAGAAAAGGAACGUUUGUCUCCUAUCCUGCCGCUCUGACCCAAAAGUCAUUAUUGUGGUAGCAUUAUGUCGGGCGAUCCGUAAAACCCUAAGUUAUACCAAAAAUCCCCGGAGCAUAUUAGUAAAUUGACUUUUAUGGCUCGCGAGCAUUAGGGGCGACGUUUACUCGUAAAAAGCCUGUUAACUUUGCAGAUCAAUUUGUAGACUAAAACAAAGACGUUCUGGAACACGCCUCCGCUCCUUUAAGUGUUUCCACAAAUGCUUUUCGGGUACGACACCUUUCUCCUGACUGUCGCAUGUAGGGGCGGUACAUGAAGAAUGUAAAUCUGCCUUGAAAUCUAGGAAAGACUAGGUCUUCUGAUUUCUAUCAGAACUAUCGUUUUUACACUUGGGGAAGAAGCCUAAUGACUGUUAAAACACUCCUCAGCUAACAGAGGAAAAUUUAAGCCACUCAGGGAUUUGCCUGAGGCUGGACAUUAUACAGUUUUUUUCAAAUUUUUCAAUCAGAUUUUCCCCAACAUGCGGACUGUUGGCCCAGUUUUAUCGACGUACUUCUCUGCGAACAAUGUGGUCGGAAAGCACGUGUGUGUUGAGGUUAGGUCAACACGGUCAACGACGACAAUGUCCACCGUAUGCCCUAUGGGGUGUGCGCAGCACCGAUGACUUGCUUAGCGUCUACUGCCCUUUCUCCUGCCCAUUCACCAGGCUCGAUCGUAAGGUAUUGCUGAUACGACCGGAAACGGUCUCGAGUCCGGUGGCUGAAGAAGCUAGGCAGCCCGGCUCCUGAGCACUGUACCAUGGAAGAAAGAGAGUUCACUAGGCUGUUGAUUUCUGACUUGCGUCUGCCACCACUGGCUAUUUACGAUCCCAGGUAGCACGUUUGAAGCGGCCUGACUGGGUACUUGCGGCCUGGGUCGAAAUGCAACAGCCAUGCAUAGUGAUUUAAAAAGUCGUUGCACUUGACUUGUGAGGAAAUUUUGUAUUACUUAGACGGACUACAGCAAAUUAGAUACACGCUUUUUGGAUUUUCGCCUAUGGGAGCAUCGGAGUAGCAAUAGCGUGGAUCACGUAUCUGCGCUCUAAAGCCAUCCUUCCAACUCAUUUCCUGCGAUUUAUUAUAAAGAGCAGUCAAGGCAGGUCGUUCUCCCCGGCUAAACGAUCAUCAUUUACACGGGCUGAAUGUUGCCAUUUCUGUGGUUGGAUUAACUAGUCCUCGUAAACGACAGAAAAGUGGUAGAUGAUGCAUGCUAUUGUAGUGGCUUAAUGAUGAAUUACAGAAAAUUUAUUUUUUUAGAUUGAUUUUUCGAGCCUUACACGAGAAUAUUCGCAGAAAUUAGAUGACACACCUUUCGAGUAGAUUUUUAGACUUACCCAAAAUUUCCUAAAGUUUUGUUCCAAAUUUCACAAAUGAAGCUUAUAAAUUACUCUAGCCCUCGCUGUUUUCGGCGAGCUGAUUGGUGAGAUACGACUAAGCUGCAUAAAAGCGGCAGAAGAAUUGAACCGUGCCCACGCAUAUAUGGCAAAUAAUAUGAAGUAGAUUGAAAUUUUUGAAAAGCACGGCAGGCUGACCUUCUGUCGGUUUUCCGUUUUCUAUGAUGCAUGAUCCUCUUAUACAGUUUGCUAUUGGUACUCAUGCUCCCCCUUAACAACAUGGAGGAGAUCACCGUAUGUCCCUUGUUGGUUCUUCAUCGCGCUGUCCGACUAUUCUAUAAAAUUCAAAGUAGUAUACUGGGUUUCGGCUCCCUUGUAAGGGACCUCUGUCUAACCAACUUUAGACAAGUAAGGAACUGGCGGACGAAAAAUUACCUGAAGCCCCGAUAGGGCGCCAAAGGCGUAGGUCUAACAACUCAAAGUAGUAUGCUUGCUUUAGAGAAGGUAAUGGAUAAGUGGGCAUAUAUUUAACGUGGUACUCGCAGUUUUCCCGACUCCUGCACAUGCUAAGGACGUUGAAAGCGUGCAUCAUGUAUUCGCAAAGAUUUUGUUCUCCUUCUGCAAUCAGGAAAUUCUUCGUCAGAUGUAGUUUGAAGUACUACUCUGUUUUGUAAGAGUAGCAUUAGUUGAUAUAUCCUAGCUGUAAGGCGAAAGUCAUUAUUUCCGUUUGGGAAUUGCGCAAGUUCCUAUAGAAGGAUUCAGGUGACUAGUAAAUAAGUAGACGUUUGCUCUCAAUACAUUCACCCCAGGCCCGUACAUCUGUGUAGUAACGGGACCGAUUAAAAUAUUUGGGUAAUGAGUUAAACAGGUAGUCCUCAGAAGAAGAAGAAGAAGAAGAAGAAGAAGAAGAAGAAAAAGAAGAAGAAGAAGCGAUCGCUGGGGCAAGAAUUUUACUGGCCUGACGUUUCGGAUUCUCGCUCGAACCCAUCAUUAGAGAGGGUUGCAGAUAAAGGUAGUGGAGGCACCAAGACUGCAGUACUUAUGGCACGUAGCUGCCGUGGGCCGUAUACAUGGUAUUGAAACCCCUUAGUGCAAAUAUAAGGUGCUAUCCAGUUGAAAAAAUGCUUCUAACGAAUAUUUCAGUUUGGAUAAGCAUUUGGAGCCUACUAUGGGCCAGUGAUUAACAGUGCUUUAAGACCACGUUUCUUCACAAUGUCACACAAGUAAACAUCUCCAGAUAAUGAAGACUUGAAUUCACUAAGCAGCUUUGAUCUAAAUCUAAAAAUAUACCCAUAAAAGAUGCGCAAAUGUAAAAUGCUAUUUCACCCGAUAAAGUCGGUUGGCAGAAAGCAAGCACAAUUUAUUUUAAAUUAAGAUCUGGGGCUAAGUUAGAUAGCCCUUUUAAAGACCGCAGAAAUGACCUUUAAUUCAUAUAAAACAGACUACGCAGUAUAUUUACACGCCUGCUGUCUAUUUUACGAUCAUGUCUGAUCAGAUCUGUUAACUUUUUUACCAAGCAACUGUCAUUUGGAGAGGGUGGAAAGCGGUUCUGUUUUUCAGACGCACGUGGUCGUAAAAUAUUUUGGCGGCUGUUUGGGGAAAGCUGUUUUAUCACCCAUAACCAUGCAAGUGCUGGGCAGCGUAAUAUGGAGGCCGGGCGGUUUGACGUAAUUUCUUAUUUUGUCUACACACUCCACCUUCCCUGGCACCUGAUAAUGGUUAAACCUCUUGUCAAUGACCUCUAGAUUACCUUCUAGGGGGUGCAAGGUAUAACUUUUCUUGUGGGAGUGAAUAUGUAUUCGGGGAAAAAGGGUCAUGAAAAACUCUUCUCACCUCUCGAAAGUCGGCAUUGACGCAUUACUUCUCGUUUAAGAUCCCUAUUUAUUAUAGCAAAAGGAAUAAUAUUGCAAUGAUAGCUUUUUCUCAGAAUGGACAUUUACACGUCUGAAGUAAAGCCCACAGGAACAAGAGUUCCAGUCCAAUUCAGUUAAAUUUUCAACAAGCUGCUGAAUCACGAUGAAGUUUAUGAAAGAAGAUAUGGCGGCGAAUUUCGCGACGUUUAAUUCUAACAGAAGUAUCCACAACAUUGUCAGUUAUCUAGUUUUGAAGUUGCAAAAAUUCCCUAGCAGUACCAUCUAACUACUGAGUCAACAAGUGCAGCAGCUGCUUCACGGAAGAAUGAACAACUAAGGAGAAGGGAUAUUCGAGGUGGUUAGAAAGAGAGCACUGUUUACAGCAUCAAAUAUUUAUGGUAAACAGACUGCUAAACCCAGGAAAAAACAAAUAACUCGCUCUUCCAAGAAGGCUCGGUAAAGUGCCAUGUGUAGCAAAGUCGAGUCAGUGGAGUCAGGAUCGUUUAGGUAGCCCUACGCCUAUGGGACAGGGAAUUAAGGGCGUCCAGACUUAACAGAGUUGAUCUUGGGCUAAAUUCCUGAAAUGAUAGCACCAUGUCAUAACCCUAGAAUUUACCCCAAGCUCGCCUUAAUCCUAUGUGUGUUGCGGCGACUGCUAUUUCCGUGUCCUUUCGAGGGGCAAAUAAACGAUGCUUACCGUCAAGAGUAUCUGAGACAUAAGUUGCUUCACUAUUUUAUUCGACAUUUUCACCUUUCACGAAGCGCCUUUUACGGUGUCUAAGGUGCAAACAUUUGGAGCAAAGCAAUUUUCAAAGUCUAAAAAUUGCAAUAUAAUGUGCAUUGUCUGCAAUUUAUUGAAGGCAGUUUGAUUAUCGCAAUUCUCACAAGCAUAUUUUCAUUUAAACAUUCAAAAUGAGGCAUACUAAUGCAGCAUAUAAGACUUGUAGAACUCAAUCACAAUGCAAGUAAACCUGUUUCGUAAAUCACCUGUUAGUUAAAUCUAGUUAAAUGAUGAAUAAAGACCUGAAAAUGCUGUACAGACUAACACUUGGUGGUACGAGCGGUUUGGUUAAAAAUGGGUUUAUUCGGAAAUUUAGCGUAGUAGAGACUGCCGGUAGAAGCGAACACGCGAGUUCCAGGAAACAUUUCAGAAGAAGAAGAUGAUGCAAUCGUUGGAACAAGAGGUUUAUUGGCCUGACUUCUAGAUUCUCCCUUGAGCCCAGUACCAGAAUGAGUCGUAGAUGAGGAUGAUGGAAGCACGAUGAGUACGAUAUUUAGAGGCCGCUUUUGUAAUCACAGACCUAACAUAAUUGGCAGCUUCGGCAGUCAUCGCUGGGGUCUCGUUAAUGAUGCAGUGAUCGCCUGUUAGUCCGCAUUCGAGUCAUUAGGUGUCGAAAUGUAAUCACCACUGUAAAUUAUUGGUGUGAUAAUUUCUCAGUCAUUUGGCUUUCUGUCACUGGAAUUGUCGGUCGCAAUCGUUCUCCCUACAUGGCUAAUUACUCUGCCCGGACAAGGUAUCAGCACAGAAUAAGAGGCCACAUUCUCCCAUACUUGCCCGUUCAUUACAACAGUCUGGUGUGUGCACCACCUAUGCGUAAUUACAUACCUUGUAUUUGUAAUCUUAUAUGCCCCAUUUCGAUCAAGUUGAUAAUGUUUGUUGCUCAUCUGCCCUCCUACCACUUUAUCACAAUUCGCUUAACUUUAACGUCUUGCUUCUCACAGUUGCCUUAAACUGGACAACAGUCAAAUCAUUAGGGAGUCGAAUUUAUUUGUGCGCUAGUGCUUGAGUCUAUAUUAUAUGCGCCCUGGAUAUCCAACAUAAGCAUGAUGAAGAAUAGGGUCUGCUAGAUUUUGCUAUGCUUUCCGAAAGCAGCCAUGUCAUUUGACCGAAUAUGUCGAAUUUUCGACGGAGACUCUUGAACAGACGAACUAACCGUCUUUAUCGUUCUAAAAGCUGUUAUCUUUGUAUCACUACUUUGAUGCAAGUGUAACCUACCUAAUACACAUUUCAAAUCUUCCGGGUAAUACGGCAUAAAGAGGAUGGGACGAUGGAGAUCAUAAUAGCCUGAAUAAGUUUGUUUCCGAUGUGGUAGUCUUCACCGUUUCUCGUCGAGCAAACAGUCUGUGCAUAAUUUCGGCGAUGAUACCCAUGUGCACACUGAUGAAGUCAAGACGUGCCUCUCUGAUUACUUAUUACUAGCCCAAAGAGUAGUGCAUUAAGGUCAUGGCAAUGCAAUUAAAGUUCGAAAACAUUCAAUGAACAUUAGUAAUGGGGAAGAGGGCUGAGGACGUUAAAACACUUCAGAAAUUAUGGUUUAUUAUAGUCAAGUUCUGUCAGGAGAGAAGGCUGGGAAACUCAGUAUGCCACAAAUAAUCCGUUCUUAGAUAAAGCGUAGCGUAUUUGCUAUUUCUGCAAAAUGGCGCUCCAAAUCAGUAUAGUUGGCUUGCAUAGACUUCCAACGUCACGAUCUACAGUAGAUGUGCUAACUCAUGAAAUGUCAACCAAAAUUUCGAAAUGCGUUCUCGCUUCGAAAAGACAAAUUAAGUAGUGUUGUGAACCUGAUCAUGAUGCAGCAUAAAUCUAUAAUGAUCCAGUUACCUCAGGGUGUCGGCUUUCGAAAUGACUUAUUAUCGGCUGCAUGCAAGAUCUAUACUCUGCAAAAAAUGACUACAUAUGUAGCAUGCAAUUGUCUCAUUGAUUUUCGAUGCCCUUGAAAAUUCAAUUAUAUUUCAUGGAAAACAUGCAAAAAAUAUUCAUUCUUUUACUUAAUCGGUAGAAAAUCACGUCUUCUUCCAAUUUCAUACCCAAAAAAGAGUAUAAUUCGGUUUUAGAAAACUGUUCUAAUUCCCGAAUAAUUUUGAACCCGACCUGCUGUUAAACUUGCAUUCAGGGUUUCAAAACUACAAGCUGUAUAUUUUCUGUGUACGGAAAACCAUGCAUUUUCCCACGGUAUUAAGAGGAGACCAUAUGAGGUUAGUAAAAUUAAGCAGUGGAUUUGAGCAAUAUUGUUAACUUUACAAGCCACAUUCGUAAAUGCAGAUACAUGACAUUUCAUGAACGGCCAUUUAACGGUAUUAAAAAAUCUCACAAUUAGAAAAGUUUUUUAAAACCGAAUUAUGCUCUUCGUUUGAAUAUGAAAUUGGAAAAAGACGUGAUUUUCUACCGAAUAAAUAAAAGAAUGAAUAUUUUUAUGCAUGUUUUCCAUAAAAUAUAAUUGAAUUUUCAAGGGCAUCGAAAAUCAAUGUGAAAAUUGCAUACUACAUAAGUAGUCAUUUUUUGCAGUCUAUAGAUCUUGCAUGCAGCCGUAAAUAAGUUUGUUCGAAAGCCGACAUCCUGAGGUAACUGGAUCAUUAUAGAUUUAUGCUUCAUCAUGAUUAAUUUUACAACACUACUUAAUUUAUCUUUUCGAAACGAGAACGCAUUUCGAAAUUUUGGUUGACAUUUCAUGAGUUAGUACAUCUACUGUAGGUUAUUGCGAACCUCCAUAGGUGCCUGCCGUAAACCAUCGUAGUUUUCUCUCUCGUUGGAAGACCGACUACUUCCCAAAGAAAUCGAAGCUUAAAAGGCUCAGUAAAUUCUGUAAUGUGACUCACUUUUUCAAACGACAUGCUGCAAUGCCAGUUAGUGUUCACCGAUUGAUUAACGAAUAAAGUGGAAUUUUCGAAUUGUAAGAUUGGCAUGAAUAAACAACUUGUACAUGCCUUUAUGAAGUUUGAGUCUGACUAAAAGGAACGGAAGACAAAACCCAAAAUCUGUCUUUAAGGCAUGUGAUAUUUAAGGGAGUCUGAAUGAAGUUGAAAUAAUGGGAAAUUUUGAUGUAUCUUUGUAAGCUUAUCUUUGCACAUUGCCACGCUGGUUGUCCAUAUAAACGGUUUGACUUAGGUACGUUCAUAAAACCUUACUAAUCAGGUUCUAGACAGUUUUAGUACUGUAAAGCGGGUAGACUACUUGGGACUGAAACCGCAUCUGUUAUAUUAACUUUUCAAGAUUGCUUUCUGCCUGGUCUCCAAACAUAUGGGUAACGUACGGGAACCGUUAACUUUUGACUAUGCGACACAAAAAUAAUUUAUAGUUAACUGAAGUCCACACCAUUAAGCGUCUAUUACAUUGCGUGGCGCCAUCGCGAUUGGCUAGAUUUUUCCCCCCUUGUCCUUGUCAAAUGUUCAUCAGUCCCCCAAAUCGGGAUGUCCAUUGAUGCAUGUCUUAUCUGGACGUACUUCAAACACAUUUUCACGAAGGUGACUGACAAAAAGGCAUUCUUGUAGUCAGUCCAUAGGAACUGGUACCCUAUUGAAUUGCAUUAAUGGAGGAAAGGAAACACGUCCACUUGAUGGUCGUGAAUUACAGUAGAUGUGAAAUCUCAUAAACUGUUCGCCUAAUUCGUAAAAUGAGUUUUCAAUUCAAAAAUGCUACCUAAGAAAUGUUGCAAUAUUAGUCCCCAGACAGGAUAAUCCCAAAAUAUUCCCGGUUUUUGCAAGAGCUUCUUUCCAACUGUCUGCAAAAACUGUAUGUUUUAAAAAUGGCUACUUAAGUAGCAUGCAUUUUCCCAUUGGUUGUCCAUCGCUUUGUAGAUUCAAAUAUGCAUAAAACGUCUACCGUUUCGUACUCAUUUGGUAGCAAAUUCGGUCUUCUAUAAAUGUUAUGCUUAGGGCAAAGAGUACCUUCCGAUUUUGAAAAAGUCUCUCAUUAGGAGAUUUCUUGAGAUCGUGAAACGUGUCUUCGUAGGAAACCGUAUCUAAUUUACUAAUGCUGCUUAUAAAGAAUAAAAAUUUAACCAUGUCCGCUGCAAAAUCUUCUGAGCAUCUUACCGCGGCUUCCUAGCAGCACAUAGAAUUGUUUGGUUCAUCUUACACGGAAAAUUGAUAGCUUGUAUUUUGGGAAUCCAGAAUGCAAGUGUAACGGCAGGUUGGGUUCAAAAUUAGUCAGGCAUCAAAGACGUUUUUUGAAAACCAAAGGAUAGUUUUCGUUCAAUUGUAAAAUUUGAAGAAGACUGGACUUACUAUCAAAUGAGCAUAAGAAAGAACAUUUUUGUUUAUGCCUUUUAUAAAGUACAUUUGGAUUAGAUGUGCCAGCGAAAAUAAAUGGGAAAAUCCCGUACUACUUUAGCAGCCAUUUAUGCAAAAUGUGGUAUUUUACUGACGGCCAGAAGGAUGCUCGUUCAAAAACCGACAUCCUGUCAUGACAGAAGUUUCUGAGGAUUAUGCAGCACAAUGAUCAACGCUACAAACUACCUAGAAUUAUGACUAGUGCCUCUCAGUCUACGUUUGACUGGUUACGCAGAAUUUAAACCGUGAUAUCCCAGGCUAUGUGCAGGGCUGAGUGUCACCCUGCAGGCUCAGAAAACCAUGACUCUCGCAGCCUGAUAUGCGCUGACAGUUUUCUGGCACCCAGUUCCCUACCGGUAGAUGCGCUUGCACUCCUGUUGGGUAUAAAAGUCGUGGGCAUGACUGCCCAGUCAUCAUCCUCGUCCUUCUGACGCGUUUUGGUGCCGUUGUUGUUGGUUAGAAUCCUGCUCAAGUGUUUGCUGUAGACCAGGGGGCGUGGACGUUCGCCUGGAUGCGGGUCUGGCCGUUUCAGCCAUCUGCAUCCUCCCUCACCUCCGACCUUCUUAACUAUGUCUUGACACCGGGCCCAAGUUGGGAGGAGAGAGUGCGUGGGCAUUGCGCAAGUCUACGCUCCCUAUAAACUAGCUCACGCGCAAGUCACCGUGCCUGCUUCACCUUGCUGUGGAGCGCACGGUGGACCUCGUGGAGCACGACGGUCGAACUGUCUCUUGGACAACCUUUCCGGAUCGAAGAUGCACUACGGAAUUUCGGUUAACAUUUAAUGCGGUACUUUCGAUACGCACUAGAUGUUCACGAAACUACUUGUUUAGGCUGAUAUCCACGAAGAACGUUCUAAUGGACUGAUCAAAGUUCUGCCUCAAACAGGUCAGGGCUCUUCGCAACAGCUGAAAUUUUCUGAUGAUAUCGGGAUCGUUUACAACAACAUAGCAUCGAUUGCUGCCGCCCUCCACUCGCUUGUGUCACUAAUUUUGCCUACCGACGACUAUUGCUAACUAUUGGAAAAUUAAAAAUAAAUUUCCUACAUCCUGAGAAGCCAGUAGUCUUUCCACAACGUUUAAAACCUCCUAUAACAAUUCAGUUUCGUACUAGUUUACGACUGGUUGAAGGUUUCUUUUUUGCAACAUGAUGAUGAGCUGUUAUUUCAUAGCGUACACACAAUAAGUAGUUCGCACACGGAAAGAUUGUGCAAAGAUACUGCCACUCAAGAUUUGUGAGCUAAUAAACGUUGACUAUAUUCAAUCAUCCCAUGUGCCGCCUAAUUUUAGGGAGAUUGCGUUACACUUAAAAGGCCCAUAAACAGCCAACUUCUCGUAACAGUCGUACUUGGAAAGCAAUAAAAUGUUAGUUAGCAACAAGCCGUGGGAGAAAAUAUUCAGUAACAGUUUCUUUCACAGGUAACUGCAAACGGCCUUGCAUCUUGAAAGUCAGUGAGGCUGUGAUAUGUUUUACGGCUAAGCUAAGUGACAUGCUCCAUUUAAAACGUAGGUUUAUGGUUUCAGAGUUGCGUAAAUUCCCAUGUUGGGAUUUAAAAGACCAGUUGGCGAUUAUGCGUGUACUUUUGAUAAAUACUCAUCGGACCAGUAGAUUUGUGUGGGAGCGGAGUGCAAGUAAAACACUUGAUAGAAGAGCGAAAUCGACUACAGUUAAUCCUUUCAUACAAAUGGGAUCUGAGAACAGGGUGUGGGGAGGAAAAAAACACAGUGAGUUAGGAGGCUGUGAGGGUAAGAGAGAAGGGGAGACGGCGAGGAGGGAUGCACACAGUUAAACAACCUUUGGCCUUGGUAAACGUGGAGAUUGCACGAGGUUCUUCUGCGCGCACAAGACCGGCUUUCGUAACCUGCUGGCAGUCGCCUCUGCUGUCGCUAACAGACGCUAACCCUGUGGCUUAGGGUAGUUCGGGGGAUCUUGUGAAUCACACGGAACACUGCGAUGGUGUCCGCACGAUACCCGGAAUCGACAAUCUGUGCGAGAAUGAAGCUGUUUAUGCUUUUAAUUUCGUCUUUUCUCAAGCAUGCCGGGAGGUGUUCCCGUAUUCCUAUGGAUAAGUGUCAACUCGAUCGACCAAUAUAACUUGCUUCACAGGAACAAGCAGAGGGGUGAAGGCACACUGAGGUGGGCUGGGCUGGCAACCUACCCCUACCUUCUCUGUGUAAAAGAGGGGUGACUGGCAAUAUUAUCCGAACUUUUGCCACUGGCACGGUUCGCGAAACGGCCUGGUGAAGGCGUCUUCUCGGUAGUUCACUCUUGAUAAGGGGUUUUGAGGAAAAGAGUUUUCCCGCCGUAGGUGUGUGGAUUCUGCUGUUUUAUGGCUUUCUGUCAGUAUUUCAAGAAUUUAUGCACCGCUGAAUAGCUAGUGCAUGUGCUGAUAAUAGGGUAAAUAAUUACGCAGUCGUAGACUACUGGCUGCCUGUUGGCGGACUGUGAAUAUUACAUGGUUAUUCCGCAGUAGCUGGUGAAUUUCAGCCCAACUAUUCAUAUCAGCUUUUGAAUAGAGCCUGAGAAGGUCUCUUCCAAAGAAUCUACUCCAAGUUUACACAUUAAGUUCCUCAGAAAUUAAACAUGGCAGAAUAAGCCCAAGGUUUACCGGACAAAUGAAGUAUAGCAGGAAAUAGACAGCCCCGCUGUAUGCAAAUUCAGUUUGACGCCCAGUAUAUUCUGUGCCAGUACUACAACGACUCAAAGUUAAAAAUCACACAAACCCAACGAAUUACUGUCAGGUGAUUCGUACAGAAGGUCUUUUACUACCAUCUCCCCGCCUCCAGCCCUCAUCAUUCUGUAUUGGCAUAGGGAUUUGGGGUGCUGCAACAUGCUUUCCUUCUGACUUAGCUUCUGCACCAACGCACGAUUAAAAUAGCGGAUGCAGUUGCCAUUAAAGCGGACGAACUGAACUUUUCUAGAUGACGCAAUUACUCACGAGCCAAAACCCCUGCUUCUCUUAUCGCAUUCAACUGCCCUAGAUGAUUACUUAAUUGGCAUGCCUCCAAAUUCAAGAAGAUUGGUGCAUCAAUUGUGGGAGUGGAUGGUAGUCUAGCUCCCGUAGACGACCGUUCAUUCAUAAUCCCCUAUCCGCCAAAAUAAAGUAGGUCUUUACGGAAACUGAGGUGGAGAGGCUAUAGACGCAGAACUUUCCGAUGCCUCCUGUCGUCCAUCUCCCACUGUCAUGUUCUGACUCUCAUUAACAACAGAUGAUUCUUGAAAACCACUCCUUUCGGUACUCCAAGUCCCCUUAAGUGCGGACGCAGGUCAUCCGAUUUUCGAGUUUAGUGGACAAACUGGGCGGCUGCUCUGUCCGGGUAAUGGGCGUGUCCACGCAGCCUUGACCUGCGCUCUCCGCCCUGGAGUAAUGCAGCCAGCCACAAUGCUCACGUCUUUUGAACCGCCUAAUGAGGCAAUCACUCGUCGAAGAGAGCUAAUUACGCUGUUUCCUAUAAGAAGAUACGUCCUGUUAGGUUCAGGACUGUUAAAAUAUUUACAUGCAUCCAGUAGACGAGGGAGGAUGGAUGUCCGGACAUCGAUUAGUCCUCUGCAGAGAUCACAACUAUAUCCGCUCAUCCAGUGGCCAUAUAGACUGGACGCUGGGACUUCCGUACCGUACGCGCCGUCUAUUCCCUGACAUCGCUGUUCAUCAUCCGCUCCCCUUCCAUCCUUCUCUGACAGCUCGACAGUCAGUUCAGCCUGUUGCAAUGUUCGCCUCCAUUACGCCCACAGUGGAGUGGUGCGUGAUAGCAUCAGACAAAGGCAGUACUUUCGUCAUCCUGUGGAAAAACUGCACUCAGGUUGUUAUGUCGGGUCCUAAUGGCUUUAAGCAACCUAGAACCGGCCGAGGAGCCGAUGCGUGUCCCUCAUUAUUCAUAGAUUCCGUUCAUAUAAAGUGGCCGCCUGGCAGGUUAGAGCGCAAAAUAAACUCGCUAUUGGAAAAAAAUGGCACCCUGAGUUUCUCUCUGCGCUCUUUGAGCGUUUGCAGGUUUACCUCGCCUAAUCGCCGUUUUAAAUAAAAGUAAAAUAAUCAACUCAAAGCGCAUUCUCGUCAUAAUCGCCAUCGCACUCUCAUUGUAUGUCGGCCUCUUGGGGAAUUUUCAUGUAAAUUCGCGUUGCGACUUACUAGAAUGCAGUCCUUUUGGCAAGUAAAGGAUAACAAAUUAAACACCGGGGGGAUUUUACGUUACCUAGUUUUGGGUCACCAAUUAUUCAAAUGAAUCAUUCGAUAAAGCCAGGCGGACCAGGUCACUUAUAUCACUUAUACUACAGAAAGCGUUCGAAAUCUACUUAUCAGACGUGUUUCGGCAGAUUUCAAAUAAUUCACGUUGACCCAACUGUGAAAAACUCGGUGCCUCGGUGGGAUGCGAACCCACGACAGCAAAGAAAGGCUUUAGUACAGCCAACGGUCUGACCAUCUGAGCUGACAGACCCCACCGGAUGACGCGAUUUUUAUCACAUUUAGGUCAAAUUUCUCCGCCCAAUCCACCUCUAAAUUACGUGGGCCUGGUAGUCAUCCGGUGGAUUCUAGAUGAAUUACUUAGGAAAUCCUGCUUGGGAAGUCAGCCUACUAUAUCAUAUUUGGUGGAUUCCAGACGUCGCGGUAGGUUGGGCGGGUAAAUGUGAGCAAAAUGUGAUUAAACUCGUGUCGUCCGGCGGGGCCUCGUAGCUCAAGUGGUUAGAGCGUUGGCUCUACUAAAGCCUUCCCCUUACUGUAGUGGGUUCGAAUCCCACCGAGGCGCCGAGUUUCUCACAAAUGGGCGAAAAUGAGAAAAAUUGCGAAGGUAUGGGGUAUAUUUUACCACAAUACUCACCAAGACUCAGCUGGUCCCGUACCUUCACUAUGUAACCACCGUCAGGAGAGGAAUAAUUACCAGACUGUCUUCAAAACUGAUGUUAACAGACGACGUCAGUAUUUGCUCACAUCUCAUAAUUGGUGUUUAACCCGCCCUGCCGGGGAAUCCCCAUUUUAAGUUUGCAAUCUAGAGCCAAUAGGAUGUAGACAGCUGGGUACCCACCGGAAUCAACUAGGUGUUUACUUCCAUUCACUGGCCCUUCCCCGCAUUCGUGCCGACUGUUCCAGCGCUUACCUACGGAUAAUUAACUCCCAGACCUGCAAAUAAACAGUUGUGCCUGACGCGAAAGGGUAGUCGGCUUUAAAUUGAGAUAAGAUUCUUACACUAAUUCUUAAAAGAUAUGUAAAUGAAAACUUCAGUAAAAGAUUAUUUUCAGGGAUCAUUUUAUUUGCGCUCUUAUAUUUACUUAAUGUAUUGCAUGGGCAGGAUUUCCGUACAUAAAAAACUGAAGUUUACUAGACCAAAACCGUUUUUAACCUUUUCGGGAUUUUCCUGUUUUAUAAAUAGAAUUGAAAUUUCGGUAAGACAUGGUUAUGCAGCCCCACCUGGUGGACAAAAUACUGUUGGGGCUGGGAUUGGUGGUUACCGUUAGGGGUUAAGGGUUAUGGUUAGUGGUUAUGGUUAGGCACCAGGGUUAGGGAUUAGGGUUGGGAGUUAGGGCGCCUAUUUCUCAACCACUCAAAAUACAACCGCGCUCUCUCAAUAGCUUUUCUUUUGCAUACAACUACUUGACCUCGUCGCCUGUGCGUUCCCCGGCCCAACCUGUAAAAACCCCUAUCACCACCGGUCUCGUAUUACAGGUGGCUGGGGUUUUUUUUUAUUUCAGGUAGGGCUACACACGCAUAACCUAUAUUUCUAAACAACACAACAUUACAUUUGAUAUUUAUUAUUAACAUAGAUACUGGGUCCACGCACUGGCAUCGGUUUGCGAGUGAUUAGCAAUCUUUCGUAAAUUUCGACACCUUUCAUGAGUUAGGUAACCUUCUGUUCAUGUCAACGUAAGACUACGACAACAGGGUUCAUCGUUUCGACGUCAUUUCAAAACGUGAGAUGAACGGUCCUUUGGGCAAUGCCAUAGUCAUCAAUCCUAUCCCAAAAUGUUUAAACAUCAAAGAAAGUAGGGACUAAAGAAUUCACGUUCACUAAUUUUUUUGGAAUUGCUGCAGGGGAUGCUUCCAUUUUGUGUUGGCCUACGGUAAUGUGUCCUGAUUCCUGGACGGAGUACUGGCCUCCUAUUUCGACCUGGACUUUUGGUCCAGGGAACGUAAAUGUUGCUGCCUGGGGAGGAGUAGUACUUAAAUAACCGAAAGAGGAAGCAUCGUCCUUACUAAACAGACUAGCCUUUAGACCAUUUCCUUCCUAUCUCCGGAAGUAACCCGGAAAGCUACAUCCAUGUACAAGAACAUGCAGUGAUCUUGCCCACUUUAUUUCCUACUUUAGACGGUCCUCAAAACUCCAUAUUUCGAACAUCAAACUGACGGACACUGGAAACUAUUCAUGCCUGGCAGAGAAUGUGAAUGGAUUCAUAAGAAAGACGGUGUUUAUCAUUGGUAAGUGGAUUUUUACAGAACUUUUAAUGCCGUCUGAGGUGAAACCACUGACUGAUUUCCAUACCAUGCUUCCUUAAGUUACAAACUAGGAUUCUCUAUGACAGAAUUCCCAUACCAGGAAAUAUUCACUGAGCUAGAAGUACCACGCAAUCACCACUAAAUAUAGACUUCAUUUAUUGAUAUAAACACGAUAUUUCUCCUACGAUGUUUCCGCAUCUAAGCCUAUUGUUUUUCCGUUUCCGCACUAAUCCUUUUAACAUGGUAGUUUGGUCCGUAGGAAACUAUAACAGUACAACAUUUUCACGUUCCAGGUUUCGUGAACCUCGACCUCUCCCUCUUUAUUUAGGAACUGAAAUUUACCUUUCCCUACCCCUUUUAUUGCAGUUUCUCCCAAGCCUGUUACUACCUCAAAACCAGAGAUGUCAACUCCCGCACCCAUCUCAGGUAUGCCCUUUCUGGAUUGUACAUGCCUUAAGAUUUUAACGAUCAAUUUACUGGCCGGUGUUUGUUACAAUGUGAGAAAGCAGAGGUCCGACACUAGUCUUUCUCUGCCUUUUAAGCCUCCUUGAUAUGGUAUCAACUCCCCCCCCCUUAGAAACCGCAAUCCUGAAGUCUGUUGGGAGGCAAGAGUACACCGUGAAAACCAAUGUUUAUAUGCUUUCAUGCAGUUGGUGCAGAUAGCAGUUUGGUGAGGGGUUUUUGGAUAAACUGGUCUGGUUGUGGGACGAUGCGCAGUCGAGGCUAGGACUCGUGUAGGCCACUGCGUCAUGUCGUACAGUCGGUGUUGGACGUAUUUACCGACAAUGACACGAACGACUUGAAUGACCUUUUCUGGUUUGUGCCUGUCGUUUGGGCUUUUUUGGCACGGGACUGUAGGCAGUGUGUUUUUAGGUAUUCGCCUUGACCAACAGAUUCAGGCCUUGGUUUAAAUUGUCCUUUAGUGUUCUCCAUCGUCUAGUUUUGAAGGAAAAAGCACUUCAAUCUGUGCUACUUCUGGACUCCUUACGAUUUAGUCUUAAGUGCACUCUGGAUUGACAAACUGAUAUAACCGCAAGGUUUUAGUUCAUCUUCAUUCAUUGUAGUGCAUCCCUGCUACCAGUACUGCCUGCACGGUGUCUGUAGUCUCAUCGACGGGCGACCAUCUUGCAGGUAUGUUUUUUAUCUCCUGUUCCUUUCUUGAUUUUUUUUCUCUGCGUGUUUUUUCGUAGAAGUCCCCUCGACUUUGGCUCCACAAAUUUGACCAGAUUCUAUUUUACAUGACGUCACUUCUGAAUCCUACAUGAGUACAUUUUUCCAGGAGUGAGUAAAUGUACAAUUUAUGGGGGACCUUCCAGGAGCAGUGCAUAUACACCUUAAAACAUGACGAAUCUAAGGGGCCUUCGGUGGCAGUUUGAACCGACGUCUUGAAACUCUAAUUAGCAGAUAUGAAGGUGGUUAUUACUCUUUUUCGCAAGAAUAUUACGCUUACUCUGACUAGCACAUAUCUGAACAAAUGCAUUUAAAGCGUAGUGUCAUUAAGAAAUUGUUUAAUCCGCUAUGCUAAACCCGCCUGAAUCAUAUCGGUGAUUAAGCACAGUCCAGAGAUUCCAAAUACAGUGCGUGACCGAUCUGAUGAAAUGUUGGCCGAAAUUCUGAAGUGCGUUUUCGGUUAGAAAGGAUUAGUUGAGUAGGGUUGUAAUGUUUCUUAUCGAGCAACAUACUCCCAUAGUAUUUCGGACUUGCUAGAAUGUCGACUUUUUGAUGUACUAAGUUUUGACUUCCUAUAAAAGCCAUACUUGGUAAAAAAUGACUACUUAAGUAGCAUUUAUUUUUCGGAUUGAUUUUCAUGUUUUUAUAAAUUCAAAUAUUUGUUAUGGAAAACACGCGUUAAAAUAUGUUUCCUUUUACUUGUUUGGUAGAAAAUAGCAUUGCCUUUACAGAUGAUACCCGAAAGAAACGUAAAUUUAGGUUCAGGAAAGUUUUUCCAGUUCCCAAUAAUUUUUGGCCAGAUCAUUUGCUGCAGUACUAUUUGGAGAUUCCAUUCUACGAGGUGCAUGCAUUCCGCGCAUGAAAAAUCAUAUAUUCCUCUCUGCCUUUAAGAAAAUACCAUGUUGAGGUCAUAGAAUUUUGCAAUGAAUGUGGACUAUGUUGCACAUUUCACAAGGAGCAUUGGUAAAUGGAGAUAUGCGACGCUGUAUCUAUGGACAUCGAAUGGUCUUAAAAAUCUCAUAACUAGAAACCCUUUUUAAACCUAAAUACACGCUUUGCUUGGGUAAAAAAGGUAAGGACAAUGUAAUUUUCUACCAAAUAAGUAAAAAAGCAUAUUUUUGUGCGUGCUUUCCAUAGCAAAAUUUGAAUUUAUAGGACCAUCGAAAACCAAAGUGAAAAAUACAUGCUACAUAAGUAGUCAUUUUUUUACGGAGUGUGGCUUCUAUAGUAGGCCGAAAUGGAGUGCAUUCAAAAGCCGACAUUUUAGCAAGUCCGAAAUACUAUAGGAUUAUGUUGCUUGAUAGGCAACAUUACAAUCCCACCCAACUAAUCCUUUCUAAUCGAAAACGCAUUUCAGAAUUUCGGCCAACAUUUCAUCAGAUCGGUCACGCACUUUAUACUUGUUAGGCCAGUUGAUAGGGCACAGUUGCUGGUACCUCCCCCCCCGCCCCCCAUAUUACAGGUGGCCUUGCGCUGACUUCCAGGGGGGAUUCGGGUUAUGACUAGGGCCACAGUUAAGACACGAAGAAAGGUGCGCACUGGAAUGUGGCUGGCUGCUGGAGGGGCUCGAGAGAGACAGAGAGCCCCAAGGUAUACAACUGAGCGAGUGAGUCCUGUAACGCGAUCGGCUCACCAGGCGGUCAUACCACAGCCAGCCUUUGAGAAGUAGGGUUCCUUGGUCAUCUAACCGUUCCUUUAAACACUUGGACGGCGUCACCAUCUCUAGACUGGGAUCGACAAAAUUCAAAAGGCAUGAUAGUCGGGUUUUUUGGCUUAUUCUGAUUGCAAGAAUAGAUAUAUGUGAGUUCAGUUUCGCCUGGUGUUUUACUUUAGAGGUCUUGGUAGCAGCUGUACAACAGCGAGCAGCUAAUAACCGAUAAUAAUUACUGAAAAAGACCGGGGAGACUGAAGGGGCAUUUCGGAUUUCUAUGCCCUAUACAGUCAGCCAUAAUAUAACUAGGUGCUUAUCGAAAUCUACCCAACUGUUCAAAAUGUUUUUUUAAAUUCCUAUCCACAAUUAAGCAGCGGAAGAGCCGUGCCACUCUUUAGAAUUUCAUGGUACUAGGGUUCGAGCAAGACUAUGCAAAAAACGUUAUGCCACAACGCAGGUAUCCAUCAUCAUCAUCAUCAUCAUCAUCAUCAUCAUCAUCAUCAUCAUCAUCAUCAUCACCACCACCAAACGACAACACCACAAACAUUUUUUUGCUAGUUCGAAGACAAACAGUCCACGGUUAAUGCUAUUAUCGUUUUCAAAAUUCUAUCUUAAACAUUGACAGAAAAGACUUCCGAAAACUGGAUGCCCUUUGGACGCAGGAAUGGGGAUCCCCAUAUCACAGGUGGCUAUGCCCUGAAUUCCACAGGGGGUAUCUAUUCCCGUAAAAAGGAAGAGUCGAGCACCGGAACACUUUGUUUAUUGUCCGGAGCUUUCAGACUCGUACAGCAGUCUACUGUCAGAGGUAGUAGCAGCAACAGAACAAGCGAGAGUUAUAAGGCAUGUAGGCCAAUCAUAGACUGACGGCGCAAGACUGGAGGUGACUACGCAGGGCUCUGUACGCCGGUGCUACUACCUCUGAAGAUGGACUCUUGUACUUGUCUGGAAACUCAGGACGACAAACAAAGUGUUUUGGUACUCGAGUCUUCUUCUUCACUUAUUCAUACACCUGGAACUCGAAAUUUCACCUAUCCUCGUGUCCUAACUUUGCUCCUAACCCUCCUAACGCCGAUUCGUUCUGGAAUAAAUCUCAAGGCCAGCUGUAAUGCAUGGGCCCAUAUUCCUGUGUCUUAUCUGGUAGCCCUUGCGGCUGAUAGUUCGACCGUCGGUUUCGGCGAUGUCCACCGUGUGUUGCACAGAAGGGCAGAGCAGGGACGGUGACUUGCGCGUGAGUCAGUUUAAAAUGGUAAUAUACUUGCGCGGCAUCCACCGCACCCUCCCCUCCUCCCCUCUGGGACCCGGUGUCAAGACAGAGCCAAAAUCACCGGAGGCGGGGGGGAGGUGGAUGGCACGGUCGAGCUCGCACCUUGGCGUGCCACUCCACAUCCCCUAGUCCACACAACAAAAGAGCAGAUUUCUGACCAACAACAGCAGCAGCAACAACAACAACGACAGCAACACCCAAACAGGGGCCAGAGCGACGAGCAUGACUGGGCAGUUAUGCCCACCACCUGUGUACCUAGCGGGAGCGCAAGAGCAUCUACCGGCAGGGAACCAGGUUUCAGGGAAUUGCCAGCACAUACAAGGCUGCGAAGACCAAUAUACUUAAUCUAACUAAACCAUAUCAGGAGAAGUAUCACAUGACAUUCAAAAUCCAACUACGUAUGAUGAGCAUCUCUGAGGAAAUUCAUAAAUUAGGACGACCAUUGGGACCACAUCGGACGCAGACUUCAAGCCUCGACAGCGUGUUUUGAAAUUCCUUAGUACGCGAUAAAACCGAAAAGUUGGCACAAAGAGUCCUAAUGCUGAGAGCGCACAAAAUACACCCGAGGGCAAUUACGACAAAGGUGUUGGUCGUCCUUUCAUAAUCCUCCCAGCCAGCUAAAAUAAUUCGGUUUAUAAAUCAAUAGAAACGUAUAAAAAGCAUCUUAUUCGUUUGCCCUUAAAAUUCGAAGGUAAGCAAUUCCUCUUUCAUUAAGACAUUUUUGCAUGAGGAAUGACCAAAUUCAUUUUUCUACUACAAUCGUUAGAUAUGAAUUAUAACUCCAAAAGCCUGCUCAUUGCAUGUGCCCUGUGAUGCCCACAUAUUCGUCGGCCUUAUUUGAAAAAUACGCCGGCCACUUUUACCAACAUCCAAAAACAGCAGAUAUGCUAUCCCAUGAAAUUUUGAUUGAAAUUCUGAACUGAGUUUUCAAUUCGAAAAUACUUCUUGAGUAGGGUUGCUAUAUUAAUUGUCGUGUCGCAUAAUGUUAGGAUAUUCUGGUCACGUCGGGGUGGCGGCUUCGAACAAGCUCCUUUGCGUAUACAAUUAAAAGAAGACGUAAUUUGCUUCCGAAUGAGCUAAAGAUUGAAUAUUUUUAUGCAUGUUUUCCAUGAAAUAUAAUUAGACUUUUAGGGGCAUCGAAAAUCGCUGAGAAAAAUUCAUGCUGCUUAAGUAGUCAUUUUCUACAGAGUGUUGAUUUUGCAUGCAGCCGGAAGGAAGUUCAUUCGAAAGCCGGCACCUUAAGCUAACUGUAGUAUUAUAGGAUUGUGUUGCAGGCUGAAUAGGUUUACAGCCCUAUUUAAUUAAUCUUUUCGAAAUGAAAACGCAUUUCGGAAUCUCCGUUGAAAUUUCAUAAGUUAUCCCACCUACUGUAGGUUGAGUCGCUAGGUAAACGCAAGUAACAGUAGGGAAAGCUAAGACUCUACUGAAGUCCCAUGCAAAAUUUUGCCCAAAUGUGGAAGCCGACAGGUACAUUUUUGCAAGACAAGACCAGCAACUACACUGAAAACGCAUACGCGGGUAGGCGGAGGCCAAAAAUCAGUUUUUAGACAAGCACAUUCGAUGUUUAAGUCGACUCGGGCAACUUUGGACCCGGAUUAUUGCCAUCGAAUCUUCCAAGUCGUCCGCACUGAGGAAGAAAUAUUUGUAAUAAACACUACGGAAUGAUAGCAAAGUGAGACUAACGCGUCAUUUAUAGUGAUGAGAAUGUUAAAUUAAAUUCAAAAAUUAAUCAGCUCCAAUCCCUAAUGCAUUACUUGGUUAUACUUCAUCGAAGUAACAACGACUUGUUAGGUGCCCAAUGGUUACCGGUUAUACUUGGGGUGCCCUUGUUCAAACCCAGGAAUUUCAAACUCUAAAGGAAGUGCGGUAUUAACUGUAUUGCCGUUUGAGAAGUAGGAGACGCAAUCCCAGGAACAAGUACUUGAUUCGUUUGGCGUUUCGGAUUCGCACUAGCACGCAAAUUGAAGGGUCAGGUGAAUAAAUUUUUCGUUUCAGCGAUCGGGUCUCCGUCCUCUCUACCCUAUUUGGAGAUAAUGGCAGCUGGAUUCUUUAAAUACUGCAACCAGUGUGUGCGUUCAGUACCGUUAUCUGCUACUGCUCCUGAUGAUGGCUUCGAGUGUGACUACGAAAAAGCAGGCGAGUAAACUUCUUGUUCCAGCGAACGCAUUUUAUUCGCCUCAAAUGGUUCCUGGAACUCGACGUUUCGCUUGUAUUCACACUAAGGGCGUUUGCUUUAAAAAGGUCAAAGGUGACUAAACCGGCCUCUUGUCAAAAUACUGUCAUCUCCGUUGUUUGAUUCCCGUGAAAGGUGCAUUGCUCUGUCAGCGACAGACCAAUCCAGAAGAGGCAUUUCGAGCCAAAGACUAGUAGUAACGAUGCGGCUUUUUAUCUGGACGUGCAUUCUUUUCGGGCACGUAAAACGCCCAUAAGGGAUAACUAAAACAUAAACAAAAGAAGCCGAGACCGUCAUAACUUUGCAUCAACACUAAACUUUCUCCUGGGUUUCCUCUAUACUUUUUAACUGUUCUGUUGUCUCCCACAAUAGAUGUUACCACGGAUACCUGGGUCGACGUUGUGAGGUACCUAGCUUUUGCUUUAGUCGCAUGCAGGAUGCUCUUAAAGCCACCUUUUUACAGUCAAUAUUUGAACUAGUGCCACCCAAGCAUGUGCAAGGCCCAGCUACGUUUUUUGCCUGAAAACGUUCUUUUCCUCGACGCACUUCUCCGUGGUUUAUGUAGACUCUUCUUGUCUUCAGCUGUUUCUCCCCUUACGAUGGACAAAGAUGUGA